AGGCGGAGUAGGAGGAGUGUGGCAGUCUCCGCUCACUUCUCCUCAGCGAGGGGACUCUGAGAAUAAACAAUUCCCUCAGACUGCACGCCUCACACCUCUGCUCGCCCUCAGUCGCCGCGGUAAAAAAAGACGAGGCAUUUUUUGGACUAAAAUUGUGAUUUUGAAAGGCUGCCUCGCCAGUUCUCCGUCCUGCUGAGAGUGUCAAGAAGACAGAUGCGACCGUUUUCAGUGGAUUUGCCUCCUCCUGUCGAAUAAUAACGAUGCGCCUCUCCGGCUGACUGUGGGGUGGACAACGCAGGUAGGGGCUCCAGAUAAACGCACUGUCAUAUCAGGGGGAUGGUUAUUACCACUGGGGGUGAAAAUUACUCACACAGGACUCGGUGUCGAGGAUUACUGUAGAUGGUAGCGUGUUUUUUCGAGGGUAGGAAGGGCUGUUUGGGUGUCGUAAGGCGAGCAGAGGCGCAUAUGGAUCUAGCGCUGAAAACGCUGCAUAAAGAGUGAAUAGACCUGGCUGUGUGCGGUGCCGUACGCUUCUGUUACAGCUCCAAACACGUUAAGUAAGAACAGCCACUGUGUGUUGCCACAGGCUGGAGAAAAUGGGCCUUGAAUUGAGAUCUUCGUGUGUCUAAAUCAGCUGAAAUUAUCUUUGUCUUUGUAUGAACCGAGCGCACCGAAAUCUAAUGUAACCGGAAUGUAAUUUGGGCUACUGUCACAUGCCCAGCGUUAAAAUACUGAAUGAAUAAUGACACCAUAUGGGCUAAUUUGAUAACAAUACACACUGUAGUGCUGCCCAUGUCACUGUGUUGUAAGGCAGCGUUAAGCGCUGUAAUCUAGUUCAUCACAUCGGGUCAAAACAGUAGACGGACUCCUAUUUAUAAGCCGUUUUAGCACCACCAAUGGGAAACACUUCACAGUAACACUAUUCUGUACAUUACGAGAGGAUGAGUCCAGCUCCUUUAAAAGACCUUUAGGGGCUUUGAAUGAGGCUAAAAGCGUUGGAAGUGACCUAAUAGCAUGCUUAUAUGUUGAGGUUGAGUCAUGAAUAGAGUUUUAAGGCUAACUGAGGAGGAAUCUUCCUCAUACUCUGAACAUAUCAUGCGUGUAUUUGCUUGUUACAUGGGAGUGAUGUCCCAAUGAGGCUUGUUCUUGCACAUUUUUAGUGCUACUUUAAGUUUCAGAGACAAUGGCAGUGGUACUCUUAUUUAAGGAUGUGUAAAAGCCAAACAUGUUGUAAAAGCUGUAACAUUUGGGCUCAUAAAUGCACCAAUAAUAACACACAAAUGAUCCUUCAUAUUAUUUCCCUUUUUACUUGAAGUACAUCCCAGAAAAAUCUCCUCAUCUGUGACCGUUUCGUGGUUUUUGUAUAGGAUCCAGUUCAGCCUGCAGUGUGCUGGGUUUGGUCAGUUGCAGCCUGUCACAUCACUGUGUCAUCAUGUCAGAUAUGUUUUGAUAGAGUUCAAAGACUUGGAUGUUUUUCAGUCCGCCUUUUUUCAGCGGCCUUUGUGAAGGUGUUCUUUCUCCUGAAAUGUCCUAUUGCUUCACUGGACUUUGUUCCGGUGAGGAGGCAAAAGGUCAGGGGCUGAAGUUUGCAGUGAGUUACAGGAAAGAGGGCAGAGUACAUCUUCAGUUCAGCUUCUGAAAGAGCACUUCACAAAGCUGCCCUGCUGCAACCUGUUUGGGUUUCAUAAUAGAAGGAUUAGACCAAAAAAGUGUGUUGAGUUAAUGUGCUACCUUUUACAGAUUCUCUGUAACUUAGACUAAAAAGUAAUGUGGGGGAAAGUCAAACUUUUCUAAAGCCUGCUAAAUACUGUCUGUGUCUGGGGGUCUGCCUUUUAGCCUUUCUUUUGUUGAGCGUUUAAGCUGCUUAAUUAUUUGACCUGAACUUACACAAGAUGUUCAAGGUAGUUCAGCUUGUCCUCUUUUGCCUGAGAUAACUAAAACCUGCACAUUUAGAGCCCAACUUUCAAAGUUGCAAAAGCACUUGUGUUUGAAUGAUCUGGCCAGUCUUAAAGGUGUGUAAUUCAGAGAUCUCCUGAGCUGGAUGGAGAUUCAUUUGACUAUGACAUCUGCUUUUAUCUGGGGAGCUGCUGUUGAAUGAUGGGCAGUAGCCUGCAACAGAACCGGAGGACAUUUAAAUAGCCACAUGCAAAUGAUGUGGAGGCUGCUCAACAGUCACAAGACUGGACUCUGCUCUCUACCCUCUGAUCCACUGGCUCCUUCUCAUGACAACAUGUCUUAUCUGGCAUCAUAACAGCACAGCUGCUGCUGCUGCUGCAUGAAGGUGGGAUGUUUUGACGGGUGGUGGUGGCUGUGCUCCUGCAGGUGUAGGCUCCACAUGUCAUUGUGUUUCAUGUAUGAUUUUCUAUACAGUAGCAAUGGAAAAACAAUGCAUAAAUCGUGCUGUUGGGUACUUCUCAUUGCAUUUAUAAAAGGAGUUUCAAUGUUGAUUAGUCUGCUGAUUAUUUUCUUAUUUAAUUGGUUUAAUUUUAAGUCACUUAAACCCCCAACAUUGUGAAAACAGAUUGUCACAGUUUCUCAAAAUGCAGAGUGACAUCUUAUUUUUAUUUUCCAAUUAAUAAGCAUCCAAAAAAAAAAAAAAAUCUUCCUUUACUGGCAUGAAUGACGAUAAAAAGAGCAAUUCCAAGCAUUUUAUGGGCUUAGUUGCUGUCUUUCAAUAGUUGAUUAUUGUAUCUCAAUGGAUCAGUCAAUUAAUCAAUAAAGCUAUCUUUUUAGCAUCUCUCCUUUUUUGAAAUGGCUAUUGAAAAUGAAGGAAAAGAAAAAGAGCGUAGGUUCAUAUUUAAGAAAUUGCUAUUUUUUUUUGACAUUUAUUAUUAAACACAGCCAAAACAGUCAGUAAUCAAUUUUCUGUUGUUCCAUUAAUCAAUUAAUCAUUGUAGCGUUACUUCAUAGUAAAUUUCUUUCAUCAUAAAUUAAAGUCAAAAUCACAAUAACAGAGAAAGUAAGCAACUCUUUAUGUUUGAGAACCUAGAAUCAGAAAUUGACUGAUACCUGGAUUGACUAAUGAUACUUGGCAAACUGUCGUCGCUUGAUUGAUUAAUUGAUUAAUCAUUUUGUCUUCAAUAAUCACUGUCAUUUAUAAGGAGAACAUUGCUAAAUUGAUGAGAUCUGAAAUUAUUUGACAGUUCUGCUGUAAAAUAAGUGAAAACUAUUACUUUUUCGUGACAGUAGUUUGCAUGUUAGUUACGUAACAUCCAAAGAGUCGAUUAAUCGAUUAACCAAUGCAGUCCUACUUCUUGGUGACUUUCUUUUCUCCUUUAAAUAGUUUGAUGUAACUGUGUUUUUUUAUUCAGGGUGAUGCCACACAUUCAGGAGUACCUGCCCAGGCACUUAUCGGCACUAACAGCUCCUCUAACUACCACCACUGUGCCAACUCAAACCUUUCUGUUUGUAAAUCUGUCAGUCACUAAGCCUGACACACGGGACAGACAAAACUGAGGGCGUCAUCCCACUUUUUGAUCGCUGAGAUAGUCGGCAAAAACAAACUAAUGUGCAAUCUAGCAGAACAAGUGUCAUGCAUUUACUGCAGAGUUUUUGAUUUAUUAUAGACCUGGGAGCUGCCCAGCACUUGUGUUGUUGGCCACUGAACAUUGUUCAAGGGCACUUUGACAGGAGAUGUGGAGGAAUAGAAGUGCAUUUCUCAUCUACUUACUGGCCCGCACUCUGUCAGCCCACGGAGGAUUCAAACCAGAGACCUUUUGGCCACAAGCUCAUUUCUCUAAUUGUUUGGGCUCUAUAAUAUCUGUGUGGAGCGUGCAUUAAGCCAAAUCACUUUAUUGUUCUCCGUACUGUUUGUUUAUUCAGUGGACACUCUGCACUUAUAAUACUCAAGACUACAUCUGUUCUAGGGGAGAGAUUUACACAGCAACAAUUAUGCUGUAAAUUUUAUGGUAAGACUGAAACAUUAAUCUCACAUUACAAGACAAACACAUGACACAAGACAGGUCACUGUCAUUAUUAAUUACAUUAAGUUGAACAAAACCUGAAUCCUAACUUUAUUUCUUUUAAACUACGCUGAUGUUGAAUCAAGAGUGGACUCCUGGAUGGAUGUCAGGCUGACACUUUGAAUAUUUUUUCUGCAAUUAAAAUGUAACUCUUAAUUUUGAGCAGAUUUUAAUCCCAUGCAAAUAUGCAGAAGAAGCCCAGAAAGAACUUUUUAAAAUAAAGCGUUUCACAACCUGCUGCAUCUUCAGCUGCAGACAGUGCUGACAAAUUCUGGAUCACUCCAAGCUUAAUUUUCUGUAUUAUAUGUUCUCUGAGAAAUGUUUCACCUUGAUUCAUUUUGUAAAAUGUUUAUGCUUAGUUGAAUAUAUUUGGGUGCCCUGACUGUCAAUAUAAAAAAGUUUCACCUCAGGAUUAUUAAGGCCCAGAAAUUUUAUUAUUUAUUAAAAAUGGUUCCAGUCAAAUUAAUAAAAGGCAAGACGAGGAUAGAGCGACAUGUUGAGCUGCUCAAUUAUGGUAACAAUCCUAAUCAUUAUUAUUUUUAUUGAUAUUGACAACAUGAGUAUUCAGCAUGAUUACUCAUUGAUUCAGCAACACCUGGAUCACAUGCAGGUUUUGGGCUUAUGAGUCUUUUAACCAUGAAAAUUCUUAACAAACAUAUAAAUGCACUUUAACACAUUUUAAUGGGAUAUGGAUCAGUAUCUAUGUGCUCACUCUGUCCCUCUGCUUUACUAACACACUCUUGCUCCUCUUCUUGUUCUCCUUGCUCCGCCUGCUGCUGCAUGUUUUGUUUGCUUGUUUUUUUUUAUUUUUUUUUUAACCCUGUAGCACUUCACGUUAUCCCACCUAAGACAAUCGUCAGCAUUUGCAACUUCUUUUGGUGUGAUUCAUGUCAACAUGUCAUCCACAAAUUGUUUUUUUUAUUUUUUUCACAAAAAUUUAUUAGCAUGCAGAUAGAGUACUUAAUACAUCGCCUUUUUGAUCACAGAUGACAACUCGCUACAACUAGUCAGUGGGUGCAUAGCGCAUGCGAGUGACAGAGUUCAGUUUCGAGAGGCGGAAGAAUGUUUUUUUUAUAUACAUAAAUUAUAAUAUGGGAGAUUAUUAAUACAGGUAGACGGCAGGAAAGAAGGGUAAAAUAUGGUAGUUUCCCGGCCAAAAUGGGAUACUUGACAGCUAUGAGUAGAAGCCAAACACUGCUCAACGCGAGCUAGCUAUCUGGCUACUCAGUUUUCUUCUUCAUGGCUGCCACCAAGUGACUUCGUAUGAGUGCAUGUUUUGUUUUUAGCACAAUAUCAUUCUUCAGUAUUUUUGGACUGACUAAUGAUGGUAUAUUGCGACAGCCCUACUAGGUGGUUGGCCUGAAAAUAUCAUAUAUACAUUGAUCAGGCUCUAGUUUGAAGGCAUCAGUUUCAGUAUCUCACCAUCCAAGAGGAUGUUGGCACUCCUUGUGACUCCUUUCUGUGCCGCCUCUUCCUCCUCCUCCACACCUCUUAUCUCUCAAUGGAUUUCACACACAGGCACACACAAGUAUUACACACACUACAGUAUCUUAUGCCCAAAUCAUGAGCCAGAUUGAACAGAUUUGGCACAGACUGUGUCUCAGAAUAGAUAUAACAAAGACGAGGCUAAAAUGUCAAGGCUUGAGUGAUUAAAGUGUAAACAUACAGGGAUGGAUGCAGCGACUCAAGCCAACAAAAUUGAAUCAAAAAUGAAUACAAUACAGACAUUAAUACUACAAGUGGAGGUCUGCUGGAGGCUGAUCCUAACCGAGUUAGGCAGGAACAUUAAGAGGCAUGUGGAAACUUGCUGUUUACUGAUUAUAUGGCAUUUUGUCUGUAACAAGAAGACCCAAAGAAAAAGACUGCUCCAGAUAACACGGCAGAGAAACUCCUCAAGUGAAAUUUUCAGUCAGAAAUAAGAUGAUUGUGUGGGCAGUUUGAGAGUAUUCCCACUGUGUGCUGCUGAGAGGAUACGCUUUAGAAAGGGCUCUCAGUUAUAGCAGCACUAUCUCAUUCAAAGACAAUCACUCCGGCUCCUGUUGGUGCUUCUGUCAUGAACAGAAGGCAACCAAAGUCAAUGGGACUCAUUUUGAUGACAAGGCAGGAACAGCUAAAUGCGUCUUUACAGCCAUCGCUCCUGGAUGCGGGCUGGAAUGACGAAAUGUGAGGGAGAAAGAUGGACGCCUCCUCUGCAACCCCUGAGAGCUAUACUAGCAGGAUCUCAUCUGUUGAAUGACUCCUGCUCCCACCCCCUCCUCCACCCCUCCACCCCUCUGCCUUCACACUUCACCUUGGCCUUGGUGCAAUGACAGGCCCCUCAAUUAUCUCCGCCGAUUGAUCGCUGCUGAUUGCAAUUACCGUGAAUUAUUUAGACUUUGCAGAAAUUGCUCAGUAAAGCAGAGGGAGAGCCAAAGACAAAAGAUACUGCAGGUCAAAUAAAUUACGCGUUAUAACCUGCAUGAAGCAUCGUCCCGCUUUAAAAACAACAGCUGCAGAAGCCUAACUGUGCCGAUCAAUGAGGCAGAGCGGGGGGAACAGCAUCGGGCGUACCUUGUACUAUGGUAACGGAGCCACCAGCUCAACCAAACCUGCACCGUCCCUCUCCUCUGAUACGUUAAGUAAAGACCGAGGAGAUGGAGCGUGGGGCAGCAAAACCUCCUGGGUGAUGUGAGAGGAGCUGACUCUUUUCCUGGCUGGGCUGGUGUGGUCACAGUAGAGGAGCGGAGUGGAACUGACUCCCCCACUCCCCUCCCUCCCCCCCUACUCUCUGCCUGUCUUACUCCUGUAGCAGAGCUGCUGCUGCCCCCGGGCUGUGGAGGUGCAGUAGGAAGGUUUCUCUACCAUUGUGGGGAGCGUGCUGCCAGGAUGCUGCAGUCAGACGAGGGGAAGGUCUCUGCUUUGCCACAAGCAGGCCAAUGUCACAGGCGUGACAGGGUGGGCGGGCUGUGAAGGGAAUGAGGGCAGACGCUCAGAGAUAAAAGGAAUACCCAGCCUGUGAGUGUGUGUACAUGCGAUAGAGAGCUUUGUUUUCGUUCAGAGGAAUACAAAGGAUUAGAGCUGUUCUGAUACCAAUACCAAAACUGGGAAUACCUCGGAAACCACCAAAAAGGCAGGAUUGGGUAACACCAAGCCCACCAGACUAUACACCAAUCCAGUGCCUUUUUCAGAUGUAUUUGCAGUGAAUAAAAUCAAGUUAUUCAACCAAAACUCUGCAAGCAGAGCUGUUCUGCAUCUGUUCACCAUGGAUGAAUUUUGUUUGACUACGAGAGACUGAUUUUCAGGUCAUUUACUGUAUAAUUUGAUGAUGGCAGACAACAACAGUGAAACUCUCACAGGAAAGUUAAGAUUAUAUUCAGAGUGAAGAAGUGAAAAAAAACAUGUCAUGCAGAAAGACUUUUUCUGUCAUGUUUCAGAAGGUGCACAGGGGCUGUGAGCUGAGCUGCCUCUUACAUUUCAUUGUUCUUUUAUUGUGUAUGGUGCCUCAGAGGGAUGUGUGAGCUAGGUCAGCUGAAUAAUCCAACCCUAAGUAGUCACCAGAAUGACAAGUCAAACAAAUUACUCAUGUGUUCAUUACUGUUUUAUUGCUGUUUUAUUACUGUUUGCCCUGAAUGCCAGCUGUAUGUUGUGUCUAAGCUUGUAGUGCCACCACCCAUCAAUAGCCACUGCCAUAUUUCUGUACUUGGUUAUAAACAAACAAAGAUGACAGCGCCUCAUUGCAUGGAUAGAUGUUUACGGCUUGUUUCAAAGUUGUUUCGGUCUCUGAACUUUAUUUCCUCAUAUGCAAAUACGUGGCUAAGCUUACAGAGAGGUGGGGUACAUUGUAGCUGUUAACCAGGAGGCUCCACCUCAUGCCCUAUUUAUGGCUUGGAAGUUUUGUUGAGUCUGUAGGGUGACUAACCUCUGAGUAAGACCAACUCUGUGUGUCCUACAUUGAUUAUUUUUGUUAAUCAGAGUUGAUUACGAUGUCGAUUGUUGAUAGCUACUGAGACUGAGAAGUGAUAUUUGGAAACUGACAUGCAUUCACAGUAAAAAGACGAAAAUUGGGAUACGAUAAAGUCCAACACAAAGCUUUAGAAUUUGUUUAGAUGUCUUCAGGAUAUUUUAAUCAAAACUGAAACUUCCAACAUCAUGUAGAGGGGUAAACAGCUGACCAGUAACACUUGUAGUACAAUUAAGUCAGACAUUGGUGACACUGAGCCAAUCAGAUAGUGUUGUGGGCAGGACAUUAAGAGAGACAAAGCGGAGACUGAAAACAGAUCCAGAGAGAAAGACACACCAGCAGCUGAGCCAAAGCAGCACACCUUUAAUGGAUUAAUUUAAUUGACCAUCUGUGAAGGAAAAAGCCAAUGCCUCUUUCAGCCUCAGCUACUACUAGACUCUACCAGUUGAUCUAACAUGUAAUGUACCAAAGCAAUAAUAAAAACAAGUUACAAGAGGAUAACUGGUUGCAUUUGAAACAGUUAAAGCAAACAAAACUCCACACCUUUGUGCCUCUCAUCUGUGAGUCUGUUUGAUGUGACCCGUUCAAAUCCUGGAGCACCAAGUGUGGGCCAGGUUUAGUCCGACCGAGGUGUAUGCAUGAAAUGAUGCCCACCUGCAGAGGUAUAUUUGUUGUUCUUUGAGGAAUUGGUGCAAUUUCAGUUGGACUAACAUGAUUACAUGUUUUACAAAAGUUUGACUGAUGCAACAAUUUUUUGAACUCCAUGUAAACACACGAUGUGCAUUUGUUCACUUUCAGACACCUAUUGAUUAAAAGUUUGUAUUUGAUCAAAUGGUAUUGUUUAAACCAUAAAUGAAGCAGCUUUAAAUUAAGAUCAGGGCGUUACUAUUGUGCAGCUUUUUUUCUUUUUCUUGCAUUGGGAUUGGUCAGUGAUAUCACCUGCUCAGUAGCUAUAUUAAGGGGUCAGACAUGAGAUAGUGAAGGCAUGUUUUGGUUGGAUUUGGUUGCAAAUGUCCUGCUGUUACAGUCUGAGGAUUGUUGAGUAAGUCAGUGCCAGUACAGUUGUUUUUCUGAGAGAUCGCAGCUAGCAUGUAUUUACAUGAGUGUGCGUCAGGCCUCACUCAAACUGCUUCUGACAGGCAUCAGAUGAAGGGUACUGCACCUUGUGUACUAAAUGCUAUUAGUGUUGCCUCUGAAUGUAUUAUUGCAUAUGUCCCUGGCAUGGUCUAAGAGGCCUAAGGGUUGAAGGCUAGAACAAAGGAUCACAAAGUCCAGAGACUAAGGUCAGCUGUUAUUCAACUGUGUCUUAUUUUAACCAGGUUAUGUGGCAGCAGUGCAGGGGGAGAAGCUGGGGCUAAGUGAAAAUGCCACUCAUUCCUGAAGAGUCCCUGGCCUCGUCAAGGUUAGUGGCUUGUCUUUGUAAGUUGAGGGAUUGAUGCAUGAGCCUGUCUGGCGCUGAAUUCAAAGUCCAAAGCUGUCACAGGCGGCAGCUCUCCCCCCACCCCAUCCCCCCCUCCUCCCUCCCUUUCUUUGCAGGCUAUCACAGGGCCCCGUCCUUCCCAACUUCUUAGCAGCCCGUCCUUUUGGGAACCUUGAGCAGCCCAGGCAAGGACACAGCGUCUGGUGCAGUAAGCCUGUGCAGAGGGGGAGGCUUUACGUAACGCUCUGCUUUAAACAUGGGUGUAUGACUUCCCUGACACGGAGCAGUGCAGUGCAGAGCUGCACGGCUCGCAGCACAUGUCCCCGCACCCCCACCCCUCCCGAGUACAAGGAGGGGGCAGAAAGAUCCCUGCAACUUAAUUAUAUCUUUCUCUUUUAAAAGCUUUCGUUUGAAAUUAAAUUUUCCCAGGCAAUUAACUAAAGAGGAGUUUUCAGAAUUUAUGAAUGAAUGAUGGAUAUAUUGCUCAGGAUGACAAGAGGAGGGAGGGAGGGAGGGAUAGAGUAGGAGAGGGGGUGCAUGUGCAGCUACGGCUGCAAGAUCCUGGCCCUGAGAUUUAUUUCCAUUGCAAAACAGGUGAAGUUCAGGGAAAAUCAGGCAUCAUUAAACUUUGUACCUGAGCGCUGCUCUUUUCUGCUAGCAGUGCUUUAACACUGUUGUGUUCAUAGUACACCAAUCUCCUGUCAAUAUUUGGGUUAUUCGCUGUGUAACCCUGCAAAGACUUUCCUUCUUUGCCGUUCUUAGCUUUACAGAAAGAGUAAAAAAUUCCAGAGUCAGGGUUUCCCUACUCCCUCAUUAAAUCACACUCAUAUCUUAUAGAAGUUGCUGAAUGAUGUUACAUGCUGAACGCCCCAAAUCCGCUUUUGGCUUGAACUGUAAUUGUGUAACUUUUUGGCUUCUAGUGAUGAGCUGAAUUGUUGCUGGGCAACAAGGGACCUGUGCGGGUGGCCGUGGAGAGUCUGAGCUAUGUGAGUUCAGAUGGAUCUGCAGCACAUUACCCUGUAGCAGAGGAAUGUCAUUGAAUUCUUUUUAAAAACCUUGUUUUUUGGCCGAUUACUCCAAACUAGAAAUGUUCAUUCAUCUAAACAGUAUUCAGUAUAAGGCCACCUUCUUGUCUUUUAUAUAAAGCAACCUUCAUGUGGUCCCGACUUGUGUUGCAUGGCUAUCAACAUUUUUUAGCUUUUUUGAGGCUUUUAAUUCUAAAUAGUCUGGUAUUAGAAUUUCCUAGCGUGAAGUAGUUUAUGUAAGUUGAAUGGUUCAAAGUGGCUCUGAUGUAAGUGACCGAGAAAGCAGCUUUUUCUCAACUAAGAGGAAGAAAAAUUACUACCUGCAUCUUCACAAAGCAGCAGCAUUAGCGAAGGAGGCAUGCCAGACUGUCAAUACUCAGGAGGAUGUGCCUGUCAGUCAUACAUGAUUAUACAGCCAAAGCUUCUGCUUCUAUUGGAAGGGAGGAAAGCAAUGCCUCUACCAAAACAUGUCCACUACCUGUGACAACAGUGAGUCAUCCUCUGAAAGAAAAGCUCCAUACUCUGUGCUGGUGAACUAAACCGGCUCAUGAGAGACUUUACAGAGGAACCAUGCGAAGUACCUCUGGAGCAGGCAACAAAACCUCUCCAAGAAGUGUGCAGUACUUGGGGUUUGCAUAAAACUAGUAAGAUAGCUUGCCAGUUGGAUGAUGAUAAGCUUUGUAGUAUUAUACAUGUUAUGUUAAGUCAGUGAGUUGAUAGAAGACCCACCCUGUAUCUAAGAUGACAUGGCAUAACAACACAGCCUACUUUGCAUUUAGUUGGAGGCCUUAUAUUGCUGCUAGACUGCUAGCUAACAUUACUGGAAGCUUCUACUGUGACAGCUGUGGAGCAUCAGAGAUCAUGACUGGUAAUUUUAGGCACACUUAAUGGAAAUGUUGCGACCAUAAUUGUGUCCAUAUCUGAUUUCAUAUCGUACCUAGACCAAAUAGAUGGAGCAGUUUCAUGAGGUUAUUAUUUUUUUUACCAUUAAAACUGGAGUUAAAAGUCUAUGGAGUUAGGAAUAUUUAAAUACAUUAAUAUUGAUUUUACUUCCAGACUUGUAGGAAGUUUGAGACUUGUCCGGUAGUUUCAGUGUUAAUGUAUUGUUAAUGAAAUUCAAAUAAGGUCAACUCUUGAUAGGUCCUCCUGCUUCUGAACUAUCAGGUCUUGAGUACCAAACCUGUUCAGUGCCAUGAUAUUGAACAUAGUAGUUUGACAACAUUAGUCUUUAUGUUGCAGAUUCCCUUCACUGCAGUCAUUACUUGUUCAUGAAUUUAUCAGAAAGUCAUAGCCCCUUCAGUCAACAUUUUUGAAAUAACGUGGUUAAAUGAGCGUCACUUCUCUAAUUUAAUAAUGAAAGGACUCUCAUAAGACAAAACAAGAGGCCGGGGACAUUUGGUAUAACCCCAGCCCCCUCCCUCACCCAGAGUGGUCUCUUGAAUUCCUGCUGUCCUUUUGUGAACCUUCAGCCCACUUUUACAUCCAUUAGUGAGGUGGCGUUAUUCACCGUGUCCUCACUCGAGCUGGGUAAACAGACUGAGAGGCCGCUGUGGUUCAGAAGUAUACAGCUUUCUCAUAACAGCCUUAUAGAAGGCGCUCUGUGGUAGAGAGGCCAUUUGAGAGGAGAUGGAGAGCGCAGGGCUGAUGACUUGAGGCAGCUGUAUGACCUAUUACUUUGGAAAAAUGGACUGGUGACCAGAAGAUUGCUGGCUCAUACUCUGCUCACCCUCUGCCCUUGAGCAAAGGCAAUUAACCUGGAUUCCUCCAGUAAAUAUCCAGCUGCAGAAACGGAAAGAGAUGUGCAAGAGUGAUAAUCGUGUAAGUGACUUUGAAUAAAAGUGUCCACUAAGCAGGACGAUUAAUACGGCUAAUAGAAUCAUAGCUUGUGUUUUCAACUUAUCAAGGACUGAGGACUGCUGAACAUUCAGAGUAUCCACGCUGCCUCUCUUGCUCUCAUCUGUUCUUCAUUCGCCUAUCAUUUGGAGAGAGAAUAACCUGACUGGAGUUUUUAAAGCACAGUGUUAUGAAAAUAUUUAAGUAAGGAUACAAUAUCACUAUACUUUAUUUCAAAUAUGAUGUGAUGCUCAAGUUAUGAUGCAUUUUUUGCAUACCCCUGUCACUAUAUCAGACAGUCUUAUCCCAGUGCUUGAAGGAGACCUUUUACUCAUGUUCACCUUUUCAGCAGUUUUUUAGCCUUGAUAUACUUUGUUUUAGCUGCUUCACUACUGAGAUAAUGUUAGACACAGCUUUGAGGUGUUACUUUCUACAAGGCUAUAUAGUCAUAAAAUGGCCUGAAAGUCAAGCCUAAGGUUCGCACAGAUGACAGAUGGCAUUUAAUAGCAUGGCCUGGUUUGCUUGUAUUUUGAUGAAGAAAAUCAAUCACUAGCACAGGCAUUUGGAUGUGAACCUGAAAGGAGGGCUGAAGGCUGGUUGUGCUGGCUCUUCUAGUGUUAGCCACACCUGUGUUAGAUGAGUUGUGCUCAAUUUUGAGAGAUCUUAUUGGCAUUUUUUGUUUUUUUCUCAGAUCUGUUUCGAUUGAUUUUACAUUUUCAUUUGAACAAGGAAACCGGUGGCUUCACAACUCUUUAAAAUUCCCUCAUUGUAAGGUCUUUGUCUAGAUUUGUCUUUUGUGAUUUCAACAUGUUGAGACAUGCUUAUUGUAAACAUAUUUAUUUUUUUAAUAAUUUUCCCUGUUAGAAUGUUGAUUAGGAACAUUUUUACCAACAUCUACUUUUUGAACCAUUUUUGGAAGAAAGUUUAUCUCACUUCAUUUUUAUGUCAGUCAAAUGUUAUGGGCAAGCAGUUUCGACUAACGGAAUAAUCAAAGAUGGGAUUUUAACCCCUUUUGCAAUAUAGUAAAUUAACAACAUCACAAUUUUCAUUCAUCCUAUUUUUAACACUGCUGAACAUCAUAAUGAACUGAAAUGCAGAACAGAUCCCACCCCCUGCCCCAGUUCUCCAUGCAACUACAGACAUUCAUAUAGUCUUCUCUGUGGUAUUAAGACGAGAGUGUGACCUUGACCUGAUUGCAGGGGGCUUUUUAAGUAACUCACCAGAAGGAGAUCCAAUCAUGUGACACCCGUCACCCAACCUCACCCCCCUAUCCUCUCUCCUGACCUUGUAUGUCGACAGGGAUGAGGGGGUGGAGACACUCACUACGGGCAUGCAAUGCAGCUGCAGGGACUGUCAUUCAAUUGGAUAAUCACUCUUAGGUCACUAUGGGUCAAGGUUAGGUCAGAAAGAGCGUUGUGUCUCCAACAGUCCCUGCCCCCCCCCUCUGAAUUUUAGGAAUGACUGGCCACAAGUUUGAGUGCGGUGACUAACUGAGCAGGUUUAGUCAUCCUGUCGUUUCUUAAUCACUGAUACCAGCAUAUGUCAGGGAAAGGUUGUUUCAUGUCCACAGUGAUUCAUGUCCAGAGUGAGCUGGCUGCUUGGAUUUGUGUUAUUGCAGUUGCCGUCACUCACUCCCUCCAGCUGCCCCGCUGUUAACACCACGUUGGCUCACUGGCUCACUGCAGAGAAUGCUACUGUCUCUGCUCCAGAGUAUUUUGAUGUAAGUACACAAGCAUUUCUGUCCUGUAGAUGUUUUACAUAUGGUUGGGUUAAUCCAGACUUCAACUGACUUUGUAUAAGCAUGCAAAAACACACCCCACCUGAGUGUUGGUCUUUUUAUAUGCAAAUCAAUCAGGUUGCAGAAUAGCUUGUCUUUUAAUUAUGGGUGCAGAACUGAACUCUCAGAUGCAGGAACUGUUUCCUCCAGGUGGUUAGUUAGGCUAGUUGAAGACUAUUAAGAUCAAAACAAGGUGUGUGUUGUUUCAGAUGUGGCCUUUAGUGUGAGGAAAAACUCUCAGCCUAGUGUGCUGUAUGUAUAGAACUUGAUCUUGGUGUAAAUUUAAGCCUCAUCUCUUUGAUGGUAAAGGACGAUUCUGUCUCUUUAUUUGGGCUUCUGUCAGGGUAUCUCCCCAAAAUUAACCAACAGUUCCUUCCUUGGUUUUAUGACUAUUUUGAUGAUAAACUCAACUCAAGAGUCAUAUGAUGCACAGUGUUGGAUUCACCAGAACAAGACAAAACAAUAUAUAUGUUUUUUCUUCUAAAUAUUAAAUGAUGAAACACUUGAAAAACAGUCUUUCAUCAGGAGUUUGUCUGUUUGAGUUUUUUGUUUUUAUGGACUCUUAACACUGUGUGUCUUCACCUCAGUGAUUAUUAAUGGCAAGAGCAAGCUUUCCUUUUUUUUCUUGUCUGGCUAUUAUCAAUGUGUCCUCAAAUAAUAUCUGUGUAUGUUGAAGCUUUUUAGUCACACAGCUAUAUGCUGUAACCAAGACGUGAGGGUGCACUUCAUGGUAAAAUGUCUGUGCUGUAUUACUCUCAGACUAAAACAGGAAACAGAACAACGUGAAUAUGGUCAUUUGGCAUUUAAAUGGAUUUGCGUGGCAUCACUGUUAGCAAAAAUUUGAAUUAACAAUCCCCCGAAGGUUAAAUGUGCAUUUGUAAAUCAGAAUAUUUUCAAACACAUCCAGUGGUAGGGAAAACCUGCCUGUUGCGUAAAGAAGACACACUCCAGCACUGUUUCUCACUGCAUUCGACUGGUUUUGAAUCAGCGCCUCUACCACACUGAUGUCAUGCUAUGUUUGAAGAACAGUGCUCUUCAUGACUGUAUAGAAGACAGAAGAUCAGGAAAACUCUGCGUCAUGGACUAAUCUUGCAAGUCGGCAUUGUUUUGCUGAAUUGUAGUGAGUUCUUGUGGUGCAAGAUCCCAUCAAACCCUUUGUUCAAACCUUAGUAAUAACGUGACUUAAGUCUUUUAGGUAAUCAUGUGCAGGAAAAUUAAAAUAUUUGAUUCAGCAGACACCUACAAGUAAAAACAAGAUUAUCUUUUAUCCCGAAAAGUCUUAUAAUUUGGAGCAAAGGAAAAUAUUUCUACAUCCAUUUUUCAGAUGUGCUCAUUUUUUUAUUAGUAGACUGCCAGGAUGUUACUUUCAUCUGCAGUAUAAUUGCAGAAUCAAAUCUUGUAAAGUUUCAGGGUUAUUAAGGCCUUUAUUGGACUAUCUUCAAAUGCCUUGGAUUCCUAAAAUGUAAAAAUCUCUGGCUAACAUAAGUUCAGCCUCAGUUAUUUAUUCACUUAUUUUUUUACAUAACUGAAUUGUGUAAGAAAUUAUCUCCUGGCAGGGCGGAAAGUUCUCCCUUUAUUGAAACUUCUUGCCUUUAACAAUAGUUUUUGUUUUUUUAAUCAAUUUUGCAAAAUAGUGCUGAAUAGAAUUACGUCAUGGCAUUAUGAUCCAAAACACAAUCAUAAGACAGAAUAAUUCAAAAUAAUACAGCUUAGUGUUGCAUAAAAACACAAUGAAACUGAAUAACAUUGAGCAAAGACAGGAAUAAAAAUGACCCUUACGUUGUUGGUGUAGCUACAGUAAAUCCAGCAUUAUAUUAAAGAUGAAAUGAUUAUUUGUAAAGGUAGCCUGGCUUCAGUGUUACAUCUGAUAUUAAAAGUCUGCUCACAGGUCUCGAACAACUUAUUUCUAGCAUUGUUUUUUCCCAGAAAUGUACUGUUUCUUCCCUCUCUACGGGAAUAAGUGUCAUUAAUUCCCACAAGCUGUCCUUCUUAUCUCACUGUAGUUUUAUUAGAAAAGAGCCUGAAACAUGCCUUAUUCUCCAGCUCUAAUAAAACUUGCUGAUUGUGGGCUUGAAAUAGUAAGGCACUGUAUCAAGCUGUGGCCACUGCAAUGGUGACACAGAGACUUUAGAGGGGAAUAAACGAUCCAGAAGAGCCUGUGUGCUGAGUAUCUGUCUAAAGCUCUCAAGUUCAUUAGUAUUUUUAACACUGUUUACUUCAGGUACAAACUUAUUUCUCUGUUUUACUUCAGUUAACGCACAUUUUUGCUCAAACUUUCAUUCAGUAGUUGUUUUUAGGUCUUUUCCUUCAAAUCAGGGACGGCCCAGUGGGACUCUAGCUUCAUACUUAUACUGAUUAGCACAACAGUGUCUUUUUAGCUUACAUAAAAGUGAUCACCUGCUAGGAUCUGACAUUUAUAAUCAGUCACAAAUCUCUACCUGACUGGGUGCACCUGAAGCUCACACGUACAGCAGAGGAGUCUUAAAGCACCUGUUCAGUUUAGAUGUUGAUGAUCAGAUUGAAUCCAUCCAGGGUGCAUCCUACAGCAUGGGAAUAAAAGUAUCUUAAGAAUGGAAAGUCAUAGUCAAAGUCAAGUAAUACAUUUCAAGCCUCCACAUGGAAAGAUCUCACAAAAACCCUAACCCUAGUCAAAAACAACAAGUAAUUUAAUCAAAUGUUUAACAGAUAAAGUUAUUAGAUGUGGAGCAGCAAAGAGAGAUACAAGCUCAUGUAACACUGGCAGCAGCUCAGCUCACAGCCCCCAGAAGCCCCUCUAUGAAGAAACACUGUUUAUAUAAAACAGAUAACAAGGAUUGAAAUUAACUUUUUUUUAGUGUUUCUUACUUUAGAAAGUUAAGAGCACCUGCAAAAUUUAGAAGCGGAUGUAGUGUUAUCCAGUACGGCCUCCAUUCCACAGGCUUUACAGUUGACACAGAGCAUUGAGCCAUUUCUGCGACAAUGCGGAGUCAGACCUGAAAGAGACUACAGUAAUCAGAGUCAUGUGUCAGUCACUUGUAGUUUUAGAACAAUUGGUGGAAAUCAUAAAUCUAUAUUUGGAUUUAUUGGACUUUAUUUUAAGCCCACAUCGUCCGGCUCUACCUUCAGCACUAAAGCAACCCCCCUCCAGGCAAAUUCAUGUUAGUAGCAGCUCAGCUCACAGCCCCUCCUCAUCUCUUGUGGCAGAAGAGCUUCACAGAAACUCCAAAUUUUGAACACUCCAACACUGGCUAAAGUGGAGCGAGCUUCUGCUGAUAAUCGAGAUCCUCAUUUAACCUUAAGGGGUAGCUCAGCUAGCCACCCUGCCUGAUAUCCUUUAUCUGUUAAUGAAUGCCAAGAAAACACAGAUGCUGGUCAUAAAACUGCGUAAUACAGUAUCUUUACUGUUGUUAGUUAUAAUCAGCCAUAGAGAAAUGCAGAAUACAGCUUUAGAAAUGAGUAUUGGCAAACUAUAGCGCAUGCUAGUACAGUAUUUUAAGUUUGACCUUUGGGCUUACUGCAUCAUCAGGAUUCUCAGAAAAUGUAUCAUCAUUAAAUUACAAAAGAGUAAAUGCAGAAGUAUUAGAAUGAUCUCCUUUUUGUCGUAUCGGUCCUGUUGUAAAAGCCUACUGUGUCCAAAGAGCAGGCUAACACACGUCGCUGACUCGUGUCAUUUUGAGUUGAGCCUUGUUUGUGUUAUAAAAAGUCUUGGAAGCUACAGUAAAGCCUGUAAAGCUUGUAUAACAUGAGAUACUUUUUUGCACAUGAACAUACACACACUCGCCUGCUCACGUAUACACACACACACACACACACACACACACACACACACCUGGGGUUAGCACAGAGGAGCUGUGUGCUUGUGUAACUGUGUUUACACGUCUGGGGCUGGUGCUGGCACAAGAGCCAGACGAAUGUGGUUUAUCCAGGGCCUCUUUCUCUCUAAGCCACCUUCACUUCUAUUCAGCGUUGACCUUGGUGCUUAUGAGGAGGCAGGGCCUGACCUACAUCCACCCUUUUAACUGGAGCUAGAACCUUCACCAGCCCCCGCCAAAUAAAGAGACCUGACACCCUAUUCUGCUUCCUUUAACGGCCAUUUUCUCUCAGUUUCUGGUCAGAUUUUCUGCGCUUUACUGAUAAAAAGGUAAGAUAGAGCAGAGCAGCAUGUCUGACAGCAGAGGAAAGUGGAGCAGCGGCCUUCAUGACUCGUCUCUGAGGCACCAACAUGUCUGUGUGCACUGGGUCACCAUUAGCACGCAGAGGCUUAGCACCAGGCUGGUGAGAGUUUAGCGGCAGGUCAACCCUCCUCUGGUUUUUAAAGUGGAGUGUCAAACUGUGGCUGAUGCAAAUGAGCAUGCACGCAAACACGUGUUGUCGCUAGCAUCUGGUGGGACUAAUGUUCUUCUGUGGAUAAACUGGGUGACACUGGGGCGCUAACAUAAGGCACGCUAAUGUCCGCAGAGUUAUUUGACAGGAAGUUUGUGUAACCAAAAUUUUCUCAGACAUGCUGUGAUUUCUAAUUUGAAAGGCAUAUUGGAGAAUAGUUCACAGCUGCUGCUGGACAUCAAUUUAUUAUCAGGAUAGGAAUCAAAGUUGUUGUGGCAUCAGUACUAAGCAUAUCAGAUGUUGCUACUGAUGUCGUUGAUUGCAUUUCUAUCUUGUCAUUGUGUUAGGCAUGACAGAGUGCAGAGAGGUUGUCAUGUUUUUUUGUGAUAGAAGUAGAGCAAUGUUGGAUUAGAAAGCUGAACUUAAAAAUUUGUGUAAAAAAUACAAAAACAAAAAAAGCUAACCCCAUACCAGAAUGAAUAAAACCUUUAUAAAGAGUGUUGGGGGGACCAAUGUUUUCCACGAAGCAACGAUACCUGAAUAGGCCACUAAAGUAUAUUUUCAGCUGCCCGAGUAUAUUCACCACUUUUUUCAGUAUUUUUUGUCUAAAAGAAAUCACCAUCAGUGAGGUAUAUCAGGAAUACCCAGAGUGACAAACUUAUUCACAGUGUUUUGACAGGGAGACAGAACGAAACUACAUUAAAGACAAUGCACACAUUUUAGCACUGUGAACAAAGCACUGAUUUCUGGGUAAAUGUAAGACUGAUAAUCAGUGGAGAGCAAAAACGUCUCCCUCUGAAAUUACAACUUUUUGCACACAAUACAGACUGAUAGUUUUACAUGUUCAUUAACUUGUAAACAAAGGCCAAGUCUGGUAGUGUUUUCAUAUUUAUUUUUGCAUGUUUAUGUGUUGAUGGGUAUGUUGAGGGGGAUUCUGCAGAAAAUGUUUGGAACCACAAAGUCUCAUCAGUCUGGCACAAGGUUGCUUCUACAUUCAUUUAGAUGCAGUGUUUCAUGAUAAAUAUGAACCGUCUCUUUGCACUGUUUCAAAAGUUAUGUGCGGCUGAUUGUUGCAGGUGUCAGUCUGCACCUCUUGGUUUUGUAUCAUUGCAAACAUUACAUCAUUCACAAACUUUAUCCACAUACGAGUUAAUAUUAUUGAAAGAUCAGAAACAUACAGAGAAAAGAAAGCAGGAGGCUGGGCAGACAGCACUUUGUGUUGAGAGGAAAUAUGUCUUGCGUGUGCCUGUUUUGGUGUAGAGAUAACAAAAGUAAGAUUAAAUAAUUAAAGUAGUUUGGGAAAACACACUCAAAGUUGUAGUAUGUAAUUUUAUUGCUUUGUGGUUGGCCGAAUGUUCCCAUUUCAACACACUGUACAUCAUUGUGUGGGAUGAUAUUUCAUCACAGUUUAAUGUGUAAAUUUUACUUAUUUAAAAGAGAAUAACUCCAGAAAGAAGCCAUGGUUAACCUCCAUAAUUAGAAGAAAUAAAUGAAUGAAAAGAGCAUUGAUGAGUGUAAUCAAGGUUUCAAAUCCCUUUUUUGACUUAUUUAUUAAAAUAAGUCCAAAUUUAAAAGUAUUUUCUGUGUCAAAAUAGAUGUUGAGAAAUAAUAAAUAUGGCCAUUUGAACCAAAACAAAGGAAAGUACUGGUCAAAAACAUAUAUAUUGGAAUUAUUUUGGCUGAUAUCAAAUCGCACUAUUACUGGAUUAAAAAGGUCAAAUCUGUUAGUACAUCUGGAGGACAAAAUACAUACAACUGAAUCAUUUCUGCAGCAUUACAGUCCUACUUCAUAAUGCUGUUUUAUUACACGUUUAACCUUUGACAAAUAUUUGCAGAUUCUGGAGAUUUGGGUAUUGCACUUGGCCAUGUUACAACUGAUUAUUUUGAGAUUAAAUGUGCAGCCCUAAUGCUCACAUGCAAUACAGCAUUUAACCAAAUAACACAAGAAACAACAAAAACAUCCCAUCAGACAUAAAGAUUAAGAAGCUUUAGUUUGUUCUCUCACAUGAAUGUUCAGACUUAAGUCCGCGCACGUACCAGAGAAUAAAAGUACAAAAGGAAGGACAGAAGUAAAAAGCAGAGGUAGUUGAAGUAGUUCUGUUCAGUUCAGUGAGGGUCUUUAAAGGUAAAAGGUUUUUAAAAGGUAAUAAUUAAAUGUCACUCUCCCUCCUGCAAAUAUAGCCCUCGAACAGAAGCUAAACAAAGGUUGCUACGCGACACCGAGACAGGAAGGCCUGAGUGAUGAGCGAUGAUUUUUGGCUGGCGCAUUAAUAUUUAAAUUAGCAGUCAAAGGUGUGCGUUGAUGAGGUAUUUCACACAGGCUUCAAACACUGAUACACAGGGCGUUGCAGAACACACUAUCUGUUUUAUAAAUGAAUGAGAGUGUUGUCAGAGAGAGUCCUGGUUAAUGUAUGGAGGGAUUACUAAAGCAAUGCAUGAGUGAACGCAGCUUAAUGAGGGAAGGUUUGCAUGAGAGCAGCGCCGUGCGUGAUCUCAGAUAUAUCAUGAGCUGUCCUAACCCACACUCAGGCAUUCGAGGGGGGCCAGUGUCAUGCUACCAGGCAUUAGGGCAGCUCCCGGCUCAGCUAGCCUCGUAAUAUCCCCCCCAAGCCAAGAUGGGCUCAUCAUUUUUUCAGGCUGGAUGACAUGCAAUACCUUCACGGGUGUUAAAUGACCGCAAAAAGGAGUGUGUAUGUCUGUGUUUAAAUAAGGCAGAGGGUCCCAUUUAGCAUUCUGAGAAAGACAUGAGAUAAUGGACACCUAGGAGGGGAGAUGUUGAAAUUAGGGGGAGGGGUGCAGUGUGGGGCCUGGAGAUGGUUAUACUUUAGGAGAGGUGGGAAUUACAGCUCUUUUUAGUCAGUCGGAUCAUCUGACCUUGCUCAUUUGCAUGUUUUUAAAGCUCCCUGUCACAAAUGGGAGAAGAUUGUGGAAAAGUUUUCAGUUUGGAGCAUUUUCGACAUAAUUGUUGAACUUUUUCAGGCAGCGGUUGAUCACUCUGUAUCCCAGGAGGAUUUAUUCCAAGUUUUAAUAUACAGCGUACAUAAACAAGUAAAUAACAUAAAAGAGAGGAGUUUUAGUAGAAGCUUGUUCAGCUCAGACCACAAAAAGAUUUGUUGUGUGUUUUAGCACUUUUCAAACGUAUCCUCUCAAUAAUGCGGUGUGAUGAAGCUGCAGGGUUAGGGUUCUCCAUCCAAGGCUUUCCAGUACCACCACUGCCCUGCACCAGUGCCCUCAAAUACAGCCCCACCAUCUCCCCAGGAUCGAACUGCAGAGCCCCCAUCUGUAGGCAUGUGAAUAUUUUUGAAAGCAAACGUAUUUCCCUUGUGACUUACACUUACAUCCAUACACCAAAACGGCUUGUUUUGUCUGCAUUUGAAUACCCUUUUUUUUUUUUUUAAUCCUGAUGUCAAUACCUGGACGUGCACAUAACAGCUGUUGUAAAUAUUUAUGUCAGUCGUUGCUGACAUGGUUUUUAAUGAGAUUAUAUGAUUGUGUGGAACUAGAUUAGAUAUUUGUACAUCAACUUAUUCCAUGGACAGUAAUGCCGUGUGAGGCCAGGUGAGAAAUGCAAAUAAUUUCCUGCUUUAACAUUUUAAACAAACUGAACGUGAGACGACUGUCUGAACUGAAUUCCUUUUGAGAACUUUAAAACUAAGAAGAAUUUAACCCAUUUUAACCUAUUAUUGGUGGUUAUGCACAUAAAUAUUUGAUUCAACAAUCACCGAUAGUUCCCAGAAAACCAUCAUUUUUAUCAGAGUCUCACAUAUCUGAACUUGAUGAUGACUCACUUCUUUAACACUUCAGAGUUGGGUUCAGAGUUGGGUCAGUAGGAUGAUUAAAAAAACAGACUAUGAUAAUGGAAAUGUUAAAUAAGAACAAUCUGAAAUAUCUAGGUUACUUGAUAAUAAACUCCAUACGGACACAUAUUUGAUUUUCUUUAAGUCUGAUGUCAUGAAUGCCAAGUUGAGUUGUUUAAACUAAUGUAACGACCAAAGUGAGUCAAAUCAAGUUUAAGAAACAGUUUUGAAUCCUCCCUCUUAUCGUGUCUUUUAUUUAUUAACCUCCUAAAAUAGAAACAAUUUAAUUCUAAGAAGGGAGCUGCCACCUCUUGUUCUCUUCAAGUCGAGUCUUUCUGAAGCAGCACAUCACUCCACCUCAGCAGCCGUUGUUGUGCAAAGGCGUAGGAGGAUUUUUUUUUCCACCCGACAUACAGCAGGUCAUCUGAUAAGAGUCGCCUGCGUUCAAAAGGCCACAGGAAUGCAUGGCUGAAACACAGACUCAUCCGAGAGAAGCCUCUGAGUCUGUCUUUUUCAACUUCUUCUCUUCCUUUGUUUCUCUCUCUCUCGUACUGUCUCCCUCGAUCAUGCUCUGCAGAACUCCUCGCACGAUCUUAGGGAGGGGAGAGAGAAGAAGGGAAAAAAAAGAGGAGGAAAAGUGGGUCAGGGCGACCUAUUUUUUUUCCCACAGUUCACGGAGGCAGAGGGUGGCGGUGUUAUCGUCAGUUAGACGAGGAGCAGGGCCUGAUGGGGAGGCAGGGCCUUGUCGCGAGACGCAGCCACUCAGAACUGGGUCAGCGGCAGAGGCUACGUCUUGUAAACGGCUUGUCAUACUGGGGAGAAAAGCUGCAAAUGAACCAUAGAUUAUACGCCCCAAGCUGAGCACUGAGGUCUCUCCUCUCUCCUCACACACACACACACACACACACACACACACACACACACACACACACACACACACAUACACACACAUUUAAAAAAAAAAAAAUCACACACACACACACAUACACAGGCACAUAGGAGCCUUACAGUAGCUUACACAGGAGUCUGUGAAGCUCUGCCACCUCCUUUAAGUUCCUCUCCUCCCCUCUCAGUCUUCAGUAAUAUGGUUUGAUUACUGCAGUCAGACCUUUAAGUGAAGGAUCUUUUCACAUUCCUCCCUCUGACACACGGGUUUGCUGUUUUCUAAAUAUAGGCCACUUUCUCCCAGAUUUGCUCCACUCUAUUCAGGUCAGGUUAUUUACUGUACCAAGUUCAACUGUGGUUUAGAAAUGAGCAAUACAGAUGCUUAUUCAGCUGCAAUGACCUCUUUGCAUAUCAUCCGUGCCAAAGCCAGACAUAUGAGAAGACAAUUUGCCUGCAUGAGCCCCCUAAGGAGGUAUUUUUCUGAUCAAAAAGCAGCUUUCAUUCAAACCUAUUGCUGUUUUUUUACAUCAUCCCGUUUAAAUCGAUCUGAAAUACAACAGCUCCAGCCUUCAUUCCUGCUGCAAACAAAUCUCAGAAUCCUGUUUUCUCUACAUGUUUUUGUAAGAUUGUUUAUGACCUCUUUAGGUUACGUCAUGUGCUGCAAGAAAAAAAACAGCGUAAAAAAUGGGAAUAGCGGUAAAAUAGACCCGAGAGAUUAACGUUAUAUAAUCUUGUUGAAAUUACUCUAAAACAAGAGUGUAAAAGCAGGAGUCUUCACUCUAUAUGCAGCCAAAUGCUUAGACUCUCUAAAUUGAAGUUGUGCACCUGCUUGUUAGUGCUUGACUGUGUGUUAGGUGCUGUAAAAAAAGAGAAAAAAAAGUACAAAAAUUCUUCAGAAUCCAGAGAUGUUUUUCUCCACAUAUUUUAAAUCAUGACCUACAUAUGAUGAAAUCUGAACUGGAUAUUGUCCAAACAGUGUUGUAAAAUGUCAUAUUUAAUCUCCACAACUGGAUCACUUCGAUACCAUCAGAAUAUGGAGUUUAUAUCAUUUUUCGAUGUGACUGAUGAUUGCCACACGCAACAUUUCUCAGUAUUCUCACUGCUUCAGUGACAAAGGAUGCUGAUAUGCCACAGAUCUGAGAGUUCAUGCGUUUUAAUAUAUGGCAUAGGAGUAUAUUUCGACAUUUCACUCAGACAUUUGGUCAGUAUUUGUACUGAUAAAGCAUAUUGGUAAGUCUCCUUGUGGUACAGAUAUGAUCCAGUUUUGGUAAGAAUUUUUGGGUAAAAGAAAAAGAUAGUUGACUAAUAUCAGUUUUUCUGCUGCUGAUAAAGGACAUUAUUGAUUUUUUUUUUUUGCAUUUGAUAAACUUCAAGGAUUCAAUAACAGGAAAAGCUAACAGGACACUAAAUUGCUGAACUUCCCUGAUGCUGACUUAGUAACAUAUUGCCGUCCAUUAUUAUUAAGAUAUUAAAAUAAUUAAGGCAAAUAUUAUAUUUGGGUGGUAUUCUUUUCCACCAUUAACAUGACAAUCAAGUGCACACAGCUAUCUUGGCUUGUAAAAUAUUUUCAAAAAAUUUUGUAUUAAUCUGUGAGCUCUUUAAAUGUAUUGGGUGUGCUGUGAAUUUCAGACCGCGAAUGAUGAUUAUGUUAGCGGCAGUAUUAAACCGAUUAUUUUAUAUUAUAUAUAUAGAAUUAAACACCAGCCAGUAACUGUUUCAGAUUCGAAAUGCUGUAACUUGGGAUGAAGAAAAUGUCAUUAUUUAGAAAAGAUGAUACAAACUGAAGAUUUAGUUGUAGUAAAAACACAGGGCUCUGAAACUCACUUUAUCACCACUGUCCCCAGAACUGUUUGACCACAGCCACACUGUUGAGGCUGCAGUCAAACAAUAAUACCUGCAGUGUCUGCAGAAAUAUUCAUUUUUAAUCGGCCUCUAGAGUGCAGAUAUCUGCCAGUUCAAAUCAUUAAACGUUCGACCGGUUACUCAGUCUAUCUAAAGAAAAAAAAUCUCUGGAUUCUUGGGAUCUGAUAGUGAAAGGGUGUAAAACAAAACUGCAGUUUGAAAAUGGCAAUAGGAGGUAACUGUUUACAGACUCCUGUUCAGUAAUUAAUUAUCUGGAUAAAAUAGUUGAGAAAGUGCCUCUUUUAUGUCUUAACAAAACACGGAGGCUGUGGUUCACUCAUGAUGUUUAUAUGUCUUGAUACAAAGGUUUUUAGCAAUCUGAUACAAGUAUUGACCAAGCUUUUUAUUCAAGUUCUUCUCGUAUUUUUAUUUGGGUGCAAACAAUAAAUCAAAUAUGAAGCAUUGGUUGUAAAGACUCCACUUAAACAUGUAUUUAUUUUAUUCAUUUUCUAUCAGGUAGAGAAAACAGCACAUGGUCACAUGUCAUAUUCAGUUACAAUUCAUUUUCAAUGCAAACCUAUCGGCAGAAGGUGUUGUGCGUAUUAGCAGGGGGGCUGUGGCCUUUAACCAGGCCUCAGAAAGCUCUUUUUUGAAGGUGGGAAUACACAAAAGCCACCUCUAACACAGACGCAGAGGGUGAGAACUUUUUACAGGUAAUUAUCCAAACAUUGGAGACAAAGCCCAAGUCAAGGAACCAAGGAUAUAAGUAUUUCAAAACACCUGAAGACAUUUUAUCGCUACAAUCAAACAUAUUGGUCUUUGUAUAGAUGGGCUGUUUUCUAUUAUUUUCCGUAGUUGAAAGGGUUAACUUGCUUUGGUUAACUUGUCAGAGGAAUUUACAUCGCUGCAGUGCAGCUGAAUCAGAUUGAUGUAAAGUUACAGCAAGAUUUAUUGGAGGGUCAUUUUGCUCAUGUUUAUUUUGCAAAUUGCCCCUCAGCUGCAGGCAAGAAAAUUAUCCACAGACAGCUCUUAUAUAUUUUGAUAUUGAUUUCAAAUGUGUCUGAGCCACGGCUCAUUGUUUCACAUCCUUUGUGUCUCGAACAGACAAAGCAGGAUAAACACUGGGUUUGAUCUCCCCCUCACAAAUAAUCGCUGUGGCUGUUGUAUUGAGCUCAGUCUGGAGAAGUGGGGCUUAUUCCUGCAUCGCCCUCUGCUUAUGGAGCGAUGCAAUUUUCAGGCAGUCGAGCUCACUCAUAUUUCACUAUGUGGAACAAAUCUGCCUGUAAUGAAUCUCCCAGGACACUGUGGUGCCUCCACAACCCAGCCUGCUUUUUGGCUCCUCUGAAGGAGGGGGGGGGGUCUAUAGUGGGGGCUUUUAAUAUUUCAACACAGCAAUGUCCCUGAGAUUAAAGCGAGACUUUUGUUUUUGAUGGGAGGGAUUUCACAGCAAAGAAACACCAAGUUCAUCAGAGAUUUGGUCUUUUUUUCCGCUCCCUUUGGAGUCCCGGUUUGAGUCCAGACUCAUUUUAAUCAUUUUGGUCCCGCUCUGGGUAAAAAAAAAAAAAGCUCUAUUAGCCGAGGUGUCACACUAACAAACAUAACAUAAUAUCCUGAGGUGGGGCUAAACAUGGCGGGGAUCGGAUUAGCAAAGAGACUCCAGUGAGUACACACACCCGGCUUUCCUCGGUGUCACAGCUCCCAAGUCCUCCCUGCCUCUGCCGGGCAGUGGACCUGUCUCGUGUUAUUCUUAGCCGCAGAACUUCAUGUCUCUGUGCGAAAGCCCCUUAACGCUAAUUGAAGAGGCUGCUCAUAGCUCAUGUCGCUCAACAACAGCCUCCGAGGGGGUUUGUGCGUGUCACCGUCUGUCUUUCUGCGUAUGUGUUUGUGUGAAGGUGAGACCUGCUGAGCAGUAAAACCAGUCAGAACCAGUACUCGGCCACUCCAGUCGGGGUUGUGUUGUUGUUGUUGUUGUGUGUUUUUCUGAUAGGGAGUCACAGCGCUUUUAGCAGAUGGUUUCCAGCAGGCCUGCGUGUGACAUGUGAUAACAUUACAGUUCUGAAAGGUCAGGCAUGAAGGGAACCAGUAGGAGGGCUGGUCCAGUCUUAGAGAGCCCAAAGCUGCACCACAACCCCCUGCAAACACAUGUGCUCAGACUACCACGCAUGUUCAAAAGACAAGAGUCCUUUUUAUGGCUCCUCAAACAGGCAGGAUUGAACACAUUGGCUCUAACAGGGUAAUGUAAAUAUUUACAGUAUUACUUGAACCCUGGUGACCAGAGUCACGGUCCCAGGAGGGGUGCCGCAAUAUUUACAUGCUCAUGAAAGCCUUCUUUGUGCUUUAACAGUAGACAACUUUAAUGCUGCGCACACAUGGUUUUUGGCCUGCAGUCCAGAGACAACACCUGCAGGAAAAACAUAUGAGACGUUGGCUUAAGAGCAAAAUAAACGUGACAGCUUGUUUUGUCAUGAUGUUUUACUGACCCCAUUUAUAAGAAAAGAAAAAACUGUAGCUUUUUUAUUUAUUUAUUUUUUUUUAAUUUCUGUUUUCUCUCCUGCAUGUCACCUCUUGCUCUCUUCCUAUUUCUUUCUCUUGUAUUGUUUUAUCCUAUGAGGGCACAAAAAGAUGUGAAAAAUAAAAAUUCAAGCACGUUUAAUUUGAAGAAGCACAAACUCUUAGAAUGUAUCUGGAUUCACAAUAAGUAUUGGAUUAUCAGUUUUAGAAGUGCCUGACCAUCUUUUGGAGAGUUGCUACAGCUAGCUUAAAGCCGCUGCUCCUCCUUUGUUGUUUUCCCACCAUAGCAGGUGACAACUUGCAUAAUGACCUCUACCACUCAGUUAUACAGUGCUUUAUGUCAAUAUAUACUGUACUUUUUUUCAGUAAAGGUUACUGCCAAUGCUGCUGCAUUAUGACAGCUCUACAUCCAAGAUAAAGCAACAGAUUUUUGGACUAGUCCAGUUAGCUUUUCUCACAGGGCUACAUGAGCAAUCUGAACAAGACACAGUCCCUAAUUUUAGAGCAACACCGCCUCUGUCUUUUGGACAAACAUUAACUAAGGAUACAAGUGUAGUUCAUGUCAGAGCAUUGGUUAGCCCUGCGGCCUCACAACAAGUAGGUUCCUUGUUUUCAUCCCCAGACCUGGACCUCUCUGUGUGGAGUCUGCAUGUUCUUGUACUCAAGCUUGCUCCCACAGUCCAAAGACACGCUUGUUAGCUUAAUUGGUGACUGUGGAUUGCUCGUAGGUGUAAGUGUGAGCGUGACUGGUUGUCUCGAUGUGUCAGCCUUGUGAUAGACUGGCAACCUCUGCAGGGCGAAUUCUGCCUCUUGCUCAAUGUCAGCUGGGAUCGGCUCAAGCCCCUUUCAACCCCUGAUGGGAAAAGACCAUAGAAAACAGAUAGAGGUGUAGUUUUGAUUGAAAUGUCCAUAUUUGGUUGGAUUUGAUUGAAAGGACUCAAAUGGACAUUGAUUUUCUUUACCCAGUAAGGAUGUUUUUUCUUGCCAAAAGGAUGAAGAACUCUGUGUGUGGAGAUUGGUGUUUUUCCUAUGCAUGCAUGGGUGCCCCACCACAGUCUAGAGACGUGCUUGUGUAAAGGGUUAACUGCAGACAAGUUGUGCCCUGCCUCUUGCCCCGUGACAGCUGGGAUUGACUCUAACCUCCUGCAACCCCUGCUGGGAAGAGUAAUACAGAAUAUGGUUGGCAUUUGGUGCGUUUACUUGGUAACAUUUUCAAAAUAAAAGCAUGGCAAACAGACAUACUCUUUGAUGUCAGGACAAUAAAAUGACGUCUUGUUAGCUGUCUACUAUCUGCUUGACUCCAUGUGAAUGCUGCCUAAUCUAAGAGCAGAGUAGGUCAGUGCACAGCCAGACUUUGGACCCUGGACUUUGAUGUUUUCUUUGGAAGAACAGAGGUCUUUAUUUGUUCCGAGUAGGUCAACAUCAACCUGUUGAACCAUGACUGUAAGGCGCCACCCAUUGUCUAUAGCCGAGAGCCUUGAUGGUCCUGUAAGCCUGCGCUCAUCCUUGAACAGAGGCGGGAUAUUUGUUUUGAAGCUACAGGUCACUGUGUGCCGGCAGCUCGUGGAGGAGGGCGGAGGGAGAGGAGGCUGGAAUUUUUCUUGUACGUAAACAACACCUCUGGAGUGGACAGCCAUGUCAUCACACAGGUGUACUCCAUAAAGCAACCCCCUCCUCCACCUCCCAGGCCCCCUCCUGAAAUGGCAUAAAGAAGAAGAAGGAGGAGGACGAGUGGGUUUAAAAAUAAACCCGCGCAGGCCGGUCAGACAUUUUGAAAUUCUGUUUCUAUCUGCGUCUGAUAGAGAGGUUAAAGAUACAGCAUCCUGAUAAAUCUCUUCCCACCAGGGGGAACAGAUAAGGAGUGGCGUAGAUUGAAUAAAAGAGCCGAGGAGAAAGGGGGAGGAUAGGUUGGAGGGGUGGGGGGUGUAGGAGGAGGAGGAGGAGGGCUGAGAUGUCUAUCAGGCUGCAUGAAGGGUUUUUUUUUGUCUUGCAGAUCCAGUUCAAGGGCGCCCGCAGGCGAGGCAGCUCUCGCUCUUGCCGUGCCAACGCUGCUGCUCAAGGUCAUAUGAGCCAGCCCUGUGACAUUAAAGAGGAACAGGAAAGGGGAACAUAGAGGAGGGGGGGGGCGAAACCAUCAACCACACACACACACACUCGCACUUACAAACACACACACAUACACACAGGAAUGAGUUGUAAGGAGAAAAAGUAGCCUUUAACUCCUUGAAUCCUCCCUGUGACUUUCUGCACCGCUGUCUGGCUCUGCUGGAUUUUGUCGGGGCGAGAGCUUUUUAAGGGCAGUAAUGAGAGUGUCUUAUUCUCUCUGUGCAGAGCCAAGAGAUGCUCGGCUAACUGCUUUGUAGUUGCCAGACACACAUACAAAGAGGGUGUGUGUGUGACAGAGAAAGAGAGAGAGAGAGAGGGAGAGCGAGGGGGGAAAGAUGGAAGAGAGAAGAGUCAGAGUGAUAAACCUCGAGGGAGGGAGGUAGAGAGGAGAAAAAAAGGUCUUAAAGUUAUUUAAAGGGACAGCCAAGCAACGGCAGUUACUUCCACUUGCUCCUCUGUCGACAGUUGAGAGUAAAGUGUGUUUUUAGCUCGAGUGGAUUUCACCGUUUUUGACCACUCCAGAGGGCAAACACGCUGCUGUACAUGCAGACUGAGGAGCGCCCACCAGCAGGUGGUUUCACAUGGAAAACAGAGCGGAGAAAUAACACUGUUAUUUCUCACUUCUUCACACUGAUAAGCUGCCGCAGCUACUUGUCUGUGAAAAGAUCAUAAACACUUUGCAUACAAAUCUAAGAGACUUUAUAAAACAUGAAUGCACUCUCUCUCUCACAGGCGUUACUGCGGUAGUCGCCAUCUUUGAAAUGCUGACUUAACUAACCUUCCACUAAUUUAGAAACUGGCAAAGAGCUGAUGGUUUGAGCCUCUCAGCAGACAGACAGACAGACACAAUGGGUCAAACUAUCAGUCAGAUCAGCCAUGCUUCUAAUUUUGUCUCAUUAUGCAUCAACUCUUAACCUUAAUACAACCUUAAUUCCAUAAGAGUUAUGGCACUGCGUGAAACGUUGAUACAAACUCAAUCAAAUGGUUUUCAAUCAUCUAAAGCCUGAGUUUAAAUGAAAAAUGUGCAAAGACAACAAAUCAAUUGAAAAAUAUCUGCUCUUUUUGAAUUUGACCCUGGCAAUGUGUUAAAAAGAAACCAUAAAUGGGACAUCAAAGCACUGAAAAAGUUGUGUUGCGCUAAAAUCAAUAAAUAAAUGUAUAUAUAUUUUUAAAUCUAAUUACAUUAUCUUCAACAGGUUAAGAACAUGGCAGGGUAUUAAAAGGCCAUCCUAGGUAAGCUGAGUCUCUCAGAAGUAAAGGGAGAUUCACCAUUCAUCAGCAACCCAUGUUCCUCACAGUCAAACUCCAAAAUAAUUUAAAGAUUUCAUCUACAGUUCAUCACAUCAUUAAAAGACUCAGAAUCUGGAAAAAUCUCUGCUCAAAAAAAAGAGAAAAGGACCAAAACCAAUACUGGAUGGGCAGGCACUUGAUUAACAUCAGGCAAGACUUUGUAGUGGAAAUCACAGCAAAAGCUAUAAAAAAUUACAUCCAAAAACCACUGUGAACAUCUAUGUAUACGAACACAGUUGACUGAUUUAUCAGCAAAUGCAGGUUUAGAUGCACUGAGAUGUACUUUUCCCUAACCCUAGAAUAAUUUAACUUUUUGCUGAAUUGUUAUUUAAAGAUAAUUAACUAUAAUGUCAGGCCUACAAAGCUCUGUUAUAAUACAGAGGUAGUUGGUUCCCAAAGUCCUCAUUUGAACAAAUGUGCAGUGGUAAAGAAAAAUGAAAGAAAUCAGGUCUUUUAACAGAUUAUGUUUUGUCAAGUCAGACCAGAAAAGACAAAUACCAAAUUGUUGAUUUGAUAAGGGUUGAAUUCCUGACAAAUGUAAGAAUCUAUGUCUAGUACAAUUAGCAGUCUUUCAUACCUGAUAAAGCUUUUACAUUUUGUUAUUCUGAGGAUCUGUCAAAAAGUAGCUGUGAGAGCAAACAAUAAGUGCGCUCUACAACUCUACAGGUGAAAUUGGGUUUGCCAGGAUAAAAUGGUUAACAACCAUUUUAUCCUGGACCUUUUUAUUUAAGAGUGUCCACUUUUUAAUCACUUUUUAUAUGGCCAGUGCUUGAUAUGGGUUACUAACUGCAUAACUUAAAAUAACUCUUUACUAAUCAAUCAGUUGGCUGAUUUUGUAGAGGAACCUGCAGAGGCAGUGUGCAAACUUCACCGUAUAAAGCUACAGAGACAAUGUUCAGAGCAAAGAGGUGAUACAUGUAUUUAAACAAAUAUACUGGGUUAAUUUUGCAUGAAGUCAGAUGAGGCGAGUCAUUGUGAUGGGACAGUUGUACUCUGUGGGGUGAGUCUGUCUCACAGUUAAAGGAGGGAAAGAAAUAUCCAAACAGCCUCACCACUUUAUACGUUUUUAUCUAUUUUAUAUCUAAUUUGAUAUAUCUACAGUUUGGUUAGUCUUUUACCGGUGUGCAAAAGCCAGACAGGCAUUUUCUCUUGUCUGGCCUCUUGCUCCGUCUCUCUCCCUCUUUCUCUCUUCUUUGUCAGUGACCCCUCUGGCCUCUUCACCUCUGCCAGGAUGUCUGUACUAAGAAUAACCAGCUAAGACAGCAGCAGGAGGCGUUUGCCUUGAGGGCUCUCUGCCAGAAAGCUGUGCCAUAACUUUGCCUGUGAGGUCGUCCCCACUGAACUGGAGUUACACAGUGGAAAAGAGUGGGAAUGACAGAGACGCCACUCUCCUUUUCAUGAAUCUGUGAACCGUCAGAUGAGUUCAGAAGUGAUUUGAGGUUUAUGAGCUUCAUCAGCUACUGUUUGUUUGUGUUGUUUUGACGUCACAGUAACAAAAGUGAGCUCAUCACUCCUUGCCCUGCAGGUACACUGAGAGCAUGGAUGAUAAAGUGCACUUGUUAGAGUAUCUGUUAGCUGACUUGCUCGUCCACAUUGUGUUUACAUUGUAGUCAUGUGUCCAUCGGUCAAUCACGUAUCGGCUUGCAGUGCCUGUUACAGAACAAUGUCUACAACAACACAGAGUAUUUCAGAUCAGGGGUGCAUUUAAGGCAGCAGAGCAGUUCACCUUUUUACCUCAAGAGGCAGAGUUCAAGUCUGUGUUUUUGGCAGCAUCCUGUCUGCGUUAGUGAUUUGUCAUUAAAGGAAACACCGAAUCACUUCCAGCUCCACUUUGGAGGCUAUGUAACUGACCUCUGACCUCCCGAUUUAGGUUGUAGCGGUGUCCUAGUAUGAGAAAAACCUCCAAUGUCUAAUUUUUUUACCAACAUACAAUAAAUUAAAAGAACAAGGUGAAAGCAAUUUGUCGAAAAGAUAAGGUUUUGUUUUUGGGAACAGAACUAAUAGCCCCCCUAUCAUCUAAAUUUCCUUGCAGAUGUAAAAGAACGGGCAGACGUUGUACGAGUCCACAAAGUCAGUCAGGCCACUAAUGGAGCUGCUUCAGGCUAUGCAUCAAUAUGACAUCACAGAUUACAAUCUGUGGACUUUGGGAGCACUUUAGGUACUUUCAGAGCUGGAAGAGCAGAGCCAGAACUGGCCCACAAAACACUGAGUCAUUAUAAUAACAAUCAGAGAGAUGGGUGGAGCCGCUCAGUGAUACAGCCGAGCACAAAUGACUCCAGUAUUCUCACUGGGACCUGAUGAGUGUGUUCGGGAUGUGAUGGGGGUUUCACUGUGCCCUACAUGAACUUUAUUCCACUGUGUGUCUCGUCUACUAUCAUAAGUCUGUUACACAUAUGCGCUCCUGAAAUUGUUGUGGAAAUUUUCCAAAGCACACUCCUAAAACCACAGUGAAAUAUUUUUAGUGUGACAUCAGGAAAAGCUCAAAAAAAAAAAAAAAAAAAAAAAAAAAUUUGAUUACAGUUUUUGCAUUCAUAUCAAUGCAGUGUGUAAAUGCAUGGGUAUUCAGACAUCUCCACUGCUCUCAUCUUGAAAACGAAUCAUUUUUUCCUACCUUGAAUGGUUUUAUCUAGUGUGUUGUUUUUCGGCCUUUCAGUUUUGCACUGGUCACGUUAUAACGUCAUCACCCCCGCCCACUCACUCUGUGGAUUUACCCAAAUAUUUCCUGUUGUGUUCUCACUUUGGUUCACCCUGAAGUGAGAAAUUUCCCUCUGCAGAAAACAUCAGCGUGGAAGAUUCAGCUAACGGCGUUCACCCCAAAGAUUCUGGGUAGUUUUUAGUUCAGUCAUAGUUUGCUUUUUACUGUUUCACUGUUUCAAAGUACAGCAGGCAGAUUGAAUGGCAAAAGUUUCGUGAUGACCAAAGCAAGAUUUAUUUGCAGUGUGCGUCAUUCAGAAAAUUUUGUAAAAUGCAACAGACGCAAAACUUUUCCAUGAGAAAAACAUUGUGUGGUAAGUUUCUAUUAUAAAAAGCAACAGUGUCAUAGAGGUUAAAAAGUCACAGGAACACUGUGAUGGGGAAGUGAAAGUCAUAUCUGGAUCACUUUCUCAGAAAUAAAUGUCAUUUCUGAGAAGUGGGGAUGAUCAUUUUUAUAUUAAAAUACAUUCUAGAAAAAAACACUAAAAUCAGGAUGGUGUGGAAUUUUUCAGAGUGAGUAAAAAUUAUUUCCUUUGCAUCAGGAACAUUUACUAGAAACAUGGCAAAAGACUGAAUUUCUGCAGAGAAUAUGAAUUCAUGGUAACAAGCAAUGCUUUCUGAGCAUGUGCACAUCUUUAGUACUGGACAGAGGUCUGGGUGCCAUAGCCAUGCUUUGAGACUAUUUCAUGCAGUCAGCUAAGCUAACGAUGUCCCACCAAUUGGUGCCAAAAAAUUGAAAAUGAUAAAGCAACAGUUCCUAAACAGAAGUUUGCACUGUCCCUGUCUAAAGUGUGAUUUUAGAUUCCAUCAUGGGAUUGCAGUUAUGGCUGCACAACAUAUUCCAGUUUUAUCUCAACAUAAGAAUUUGUAACAAACACCCCCUGAAAGCCAAAAUUAAUGUGAUAAAUUUUGAAUUAUAUAAAAACUGAAAAAACUAAAACUGAUCAUCUAGUUAUUAGCUGCCCUCAGACUGAGUGGCCCCGGUUGAGUGAUGAAACAAAAAGUUCUUCAUGCGUGGUUUGGUAUUCAGAUGUAACAUGCUGCAAACUGGCAGAAAUAAAAACUAAGUUCACUUAGUCAACAUUUUGUACAGUAUGCCAACAGUAGUAAACUGAGUUGGAUAAGUUACUUAAAACUGCCUCCUCUCCUUCUUUUACUCAACACAUGAUAUUUGUUCCAAAAGACUGAAGAUAAUUGACUUGCUACUCUGCAGGAAAAGUAUUGCAUUGCAUGCUAGUCUUUUGUGUUUCUGCCCAACCCAGUACAGCUCAAUUAAACUCCAAAUCCUCCAAGGCUACACCUCAAAUCUUUAUUAUUAGAAGCAUAUACAAAUAGAAACAAGUUGUUCGUUAGGCUGUUAUUUUGAGGGAUUUACUCACUAAUAACAGCUAGCUUAAACGCAGUGACACAGCAAUUCUUAAAUCCAUGUGUUAGCGUAGGAGUCCACAAAUUAAAUGGUUUUUAAAUGUCCGUACCUGCAUUUUAUUCAAGUACUAGCAUAUUCUGUAGAGGCUAAGUACUUUUUUAGAGGAGUGGUAAACAAGAGGAAAAAGGUUAAAGUGACAGAGUGUUACAGGGAUUAGAAACUGUUCUGUAAUAAGUAAAUGUCUAACUGUAAUCCCUGAACUUGUUGCUAAAAGAAGUCAUCACAUUAUCGUAGCAUUUCACACGCAUAACCGCUCGACUCUGCUAAUAAACUGUAAAUUGUUUCACACUUUGUGGCAGAAUACUGAUGGAAAGUGAGAGUGUUGCUACCUUGGAAAAAGUCACUUCCACUGAUGAAUAAUAAAUUGACAUUCAAAUUGGAGCAGAGAAAGUCCUUUCUGCGCAGGGAUGCUCAGGGGAUUUCACUGUUUAUCCCCUUUGCAUGCUCUAACUGUAUUAAUGUAACAGGUCAUUUUCCCUCUGCCGGCAUCGUCCUCUGUUCCAGUGUUUACGUGUGCAUGAUGACAGACUAACAGGGAGGACUGGCUCACCCAGAACACCUGUAGCCCUGCUUAAACCUUUCCUAGAAGAACAUAUGUAUCCUGCCGGUAUGACAUGUCACCUAAGUCUCUAUGAACUGUACUUUCUACUCAGACAGGAUUUACCGGAUAAGUGUCCCUCGCACUUGUGACGCAAUCCCUUUGAACGCUAACCACUCAAAGCUGGAUUUGAAGCUCCACUGAACCCUGGUGAACUUUGACACCCAAAGAGGAACACAGGAAGAAAACAGUGUGGAAAGAGUUUCCUCUCCCCUCUGCCUGGGCCCCUCUGAGGGCGUUCGAUCCCACCUGUUCAUCACCCAGCUGGCAUGGUACCACUUUUACUCCUUCUUUUGAUUAAACGAAAAAGCAUUUAGACUAAACAAUCAAUAGGUACAGGCUUGAGUCCUGAAUCGCCGGAGCAUAAAUCUUCCUGGUGCCUGGCGUGGAGUCGUCUCUGUAUCAUUUUUGCUGAUUAGUUUUCCCAUUACUCAAAACAGAUGUGUUUGCUGGUGAUGAAUGAUCCAAUUAUGGGAUAUUUGUCACCCAUUUGAUAUCUGCUGCUAGUCUGGGACUGUAAAGUAUUUCAGUGUGGAGCUUCCCCUCCAGUCCACAGUCCACUUUGGCUGAUGUGACCUGUCCUUUAGAUCGGUUUCACCGGCCAACUGGCCAUUAGACAGAACUGCCCUGUGGUGUUUUUCUGGCCCCGUAUACAACCGACCAUUUCUCUCUCAUCAUUUCAUCAAUCUUGUGUUUAUAGAUGAGACAGCUACUUAACAAAAAACUCGAUUUGAGGUAAGAGCAGUUGCCCUGGCUCUUAGUUUGAUUUAAAACCCUGGUAAAUGAGGCUUGAAGUGGUGUAAACGCAUAUAUUAUAUCAAAGUUUAGUCUACCAUUUAGCAUAGAUGAAAAUCUCAGUGUAAACAAAUUUACAACCAUCAGAAAACUGUUGAAAAACUGACACAUUUCGUCAAGAGACCACUUUUUAAGAAAUUUUCUUUUAUACCCUGUUACACAUUACAGGUCUGCAACAGCACUUCAACAGAGUCACACCAUUGCUACACUUUCGUACUUGAGCUUUACACCCCAAAACAGCAAAAUAAAAGUCUCCCACGGUCUUAAAGCUUUGGUGAAGCAUGAGAAGCAUGAGCAUAGUGAGGCAUGACACUGCUGAAGCUCCACACACACAGGCAGACAUGCAUAAACACACAGCGCUGUUCUGCCCACGUAGCUUCGAUGCCACUCAUCGCCACCGUAUUCUGUACUGCCCCACAUUCCCGCUUGUGUGUUUCACAUCAAAAACAAGGUGCCCGCUUUUGCUGCUUCCUCCACAAACCGCUCUGCAGCUCCUCGUUUUAAUGCUGUGUCUGAUUUAACCGCUGUCACAUGUAUUGUCACUAAUACCUGUUCUGCUCUGUAUCACAGGGGUCUUUGCUUGUGCUCUCCCUGCCUUGGCUUUUCAUGUUAACACAUAAAACAUCGGGCAGUUUUAUCGCCAGAUGUAAAUAAUUGAGCGAAUGCGUCUUUGCAAAUUUAGCAAAGGCAGCUCUGUACAGUUAGCUACUGCGAUACUAUGAGCUGAACUCUGUAUGCUGAGGUAAAACACCUGCUACCAUUAUGGCCUGAACUAAACCUCAACCAAAAAUAAACAACUGGUGUCGACAAUAAACAGCAACUGUUUAUUCAGAAGACGCAAACACCUGCUGUGCUACUUUUCCUGUAAUUGAACAGUGGAAAUGAGGGUUUUUGAGUUUAACCAAGCCUGAUUUGAGGCCAUUAUUGACUUUAUUGAUUGGGGUUAAUUUGGAUGAAACUACCGAAAGAGUUUUAAAAAAUGAAACUGAUCUCCCCAUAAGACGUCAGGUCAAAUAGUGGCAGAGCUUUUUGUGGAUCUGUGUCUCCUGGGGCUUUAACUCUGUCCUCAAAAGUCUGCACACCCCGCUGACAUGCCUCAGAUAGUAGUCAUACAUGUCUAAACUGUAGUUGACCCCCGCAAUUGCUCUACACACACACACACCAAAACAAUACACAAACACUCACAGCUGAAAGGAUUCAUGUACACCCCCCAUACCCCCUCUGUCUGUGGACAGUAGGCUGAUUCUGCAGCCUCCCUCCCUCCCUCCCUUUCUCUCUUUCUCUCUCCUGCUCUGCCGUGCUGAGCUGUGUGUGUGUGUGUGUGUGUGUGUGUGUGUGUGUGUGUGUGACAGCUGCCUAAUUGGGCAUUCUGACAGCUGCCUAAUUGGGCAUUCUCCCCUCGUCGGAGCGCCUGCCUCUCCUCUCUCUCCUCUCUCUCCUCCAGCCCGGGCCGGGGCUGCUGACGAAUGGCAGCGGAUUACAGAUGAGGACACGGUGACCCGCCUGACCUUGCUGCACAGCCGCGGGGGGAGGGAGGGGUGGGGGGGACAACAGAGCGCUAGGGGUGGGGCAGACGGGGUGCUAUGACUGCAGAGGGGUGGAGUGGGCGUAGGUGGAGGAGGGCUGGCGGGGGGCAAGCGGCGUCAGGUCAGUGGAGGAUGAGGUCGAACGAAGGUGGGCGAGAUAUUAGGAUGUGGGGAGGGGGCGUCUGCCAGGUGGCCAGGCGGGCGGGCGUGCGGGCAGGCGGGCGGACAGGCGAAUGACAGGAGUGUCACAUGACAGCAACACCACCCCUCCCCUCCCCACCAGUGUCAGUGUGUCAAGGGCACGAGCCCCCGCUGGCAACCGCCACUGCGGCAUUUUCCCCCUACUUUUAUUUAUAUAUUUAUAUCCUCUCUUCCUCUCCUCUCGCUCUUCUUCUCCUUUUUUUUUUUAUGUGUUUUUAUGUGUCCGUCAGACGAGCAGCUCCUAUAUGACUGCUGGCGUGCCUCCACACACCCCCGGGCCCCUGCGAUGUGGUCGGUCAAAAGGAGGCGGCAGAUCCUUGAGCGUGGUGAAUUUUAAUUUCUGUGCGCACUGUAGAUAUUUCCAUGCCCCUGCCCCCAACCUCCCCCUCCAACACCACCCUGGCCCCCCUCCCACCUUCCUGCUGCGCGUGUGAGACUGCCAAGGUGAGGUUGUGUCCUCUUGUUAAGAGCGAUUAAUGGCACUCGUUAUGUACAUAAUGAAAUAUCCCUGCUGAUGCAUAGGGUGGCGUUGUCUCUCUCUCUCCCUCUGUCACACACAUUCACACACACGCACACACACGCUGCCCGUGUACUGUAUGUGUGUAACAUUGAGGACGCUUUGUUACAGCCUCCAGGCAACUCUGGUAUGUGUUUGAUAUGGUGUAGAGACCCCCCCUCCCGUGUAAGCCAUCUCUCUAAAUGAAAAACGAACAGGAAUUAAGGCCCUGUCAAUUCACAGUCAAGUUUGUUCCCCUUUUUCGCUUUAGAUGCGCACAACACUGCGGCUUCCUGCGUGACAUGUGUUCUGAGAGAUAGAGAUGGGUGGCUCGCCACUGAGUCCCGUUUUGACUGGCGGAGUAAAUUUAGAUCUAAUCUCCUUCUGUGUGUUCUUUUAUAGUGCGAGAAUGUUCACCUAACAUCUCUUUUAAGUUGACCUUGUUGUGUUGUUUGCUCGUCUGACGGUUUGUGUAUGUGUGUGUGUGUGUUUCUAGGACGAGACGCUGCAGGCUUCCCUAUAGGUUUUUAUUUUGACCUCGUAUGUGUGUUUGUGUGUGUGUGUGAGCGCUUACACCAUUCAGUGCCUGAGUCAAGCUGUGCAAGCUCUUUUAAUCCCACGCCCCGGUGCACGUAGGCUUGAUUAGUGGCAGCAGUUAUCUGUGCAGAAGACAGCCCGCCCUCCUUUAGCAUUUGGUCAGGUCUGGGGCACCGGGAGGGGGACGGGGGGGUGUCAAGUCAUGAGAAAGGUGAACGAGGAAGGAGAAAGGCAGAGUGGGAGGUGGAGGAGGAGGGAUGGAGUGAAUGAGGAGAUGAGGGGAGGGCUGAAGCCUGAUUAGUAUUCGAAAGGAGCGCUCCUGCCAGUAGAGCAAAUUGAUUACUGCACUUUACCUGUAUCAGCCUCCACAGCUAAGGAUGACAAGGUACGGGGGCAUGAUGUGUGUCUGCGCUCACCUCCCAAACACAGCACAAUACCCCUGUGUUAGCAUCUGGCUCUGGGUGGAUCUCUCUGCUGAACUUUUUUACUACAUCUACCUUUGAAUACUUUCCACUGUCCUCUUGAUCUCCUUCAUUACAGAGAAAUAAUAGGCUGGCUGCAGUUGGGUGCUGGCCUUGUCUAUCUCUCUCUGUCUGCUUUAAUAGUCGAUGGCAGACUCAAGGAAGACAGACUCAUUUCCUGCAAGCCUUGGCCCUGUGCUUGUCUGCAUCCUGGCUGACAAUUUGGUUCUCCUGGUUACAGUAAAGGCAACCUGGUGGAUUUAGGAGCUGUGUCCUCUAAGGCACUUUUUUGUGUUGGCAGGACACACAACUUCAGUUUCAGAGCGUUUCUUGCCAGAAUUUACUGUUAUGAAAGUUGUCACACUUCCUUAAGUGACCACUAGAUCCAUUUUAUAAUGCUCUGCGCACUUGCUUAUAUUUAGUAGCUUUUUAAUAAGCAGUACUAAAACUAGCUGGUAGGAGUUGUGUCAGAGCGUAAUAGCAGCUCUGGACUUGGAAGUUGUUCAUGAAAAAACAAAUGAGGUGACUCAUCUCAUCUCAUACUGGUCCUGAACAUUUAAUAUUAAAGUUUGAAACACACCACAUUUUAAAAAGGAGACUUUAAAUUUUGCUUCAAACAAGUACUAUUAUGUAACUUUUGUAACUGUAUGUAACUUUUAGGAAUUGUGGUGCUGAUAAAUUUCCAGAAACAUGGAAAAAGCCAUCAUAAUUAAUAUUGAACAAGAAAAAAGGUUAAUGUUUCUCAGUCAUUGUCAUAUGUUUCAGCAAAGAAAGUCAAAGCAAAUAAAGUGUCCGCUUGAAAAUGAUGCACAGUAUUUAAAUUAGAUGUGUACGUAUGGUGUCCUUUCGUUAAGUGGAUGCAGAAAUAAGCAGUUGAAACUGAUAAAACAAUAAGUAAAGUCAACAUUUGUACGUAUUUAGUUUGUGUCAAAACAUUUGUGUGUAAAUUUUAAAUUUUAAAGAGAUUCUCAGCCUUAUAAGAGAGUCAACAAAUAGACAAUCUUCUUCUUUCCACCAAACUAUCCUGAGAUAUAAAUUGAAAGACAGUGCUUGUCCACUGUGAGUUUCAAAUGUAUGUUGUGAACUAAUUAAAACUAGGACAGGUUUUAUGUGAGCAACAUGUUUAUUUCAAGUGUUAUUUACUAACCCUCAUGAAGCAUUUCUUCGAGUGUACCUUUGAUUCCAUCUACUUUGUCAGACGCUGAUCACACCUGGGCUUCCAGGUGAAGGUAAUUAAUUGUGAUUAACCUCUGUAUGAGUAGAAAACAGCUGCAGUUUGAGUGAUGACAACCAGAACUGACAACCACUGAGUUCACAUAACCGGCUCACACACCUCUCUGCUUUAGUGACUGAACUGUAGAGCCAUAAAUGAAGACUGGAUUUGUAUUUCCUGCUGCUGAAUGUGUCAUUUGCAGUAUAAUUUUACAAAGACAGACACCUACACCCUCAAACCAGUUUAAUGGGGUAGGUUAGGGUUGCUUAGCAGCUAAGUAAACAGCCCUGUUUUUACAAUUUCCACAUCAGAUAUUUACAGUUACUUUUACAUUUAUUUGUCAAAAGUCAGCAGGAUGAGAUUUUUGUGUCACGUCAGACAGCUUAAGCAUGUAGAGGACAGGAUCAGCAAAGACUGUUUUGUCCACAGGGGGUGCCAAAGUUGACACAAACUGAAGUUUCUUACAGGAGCUUUAAAUAUAUAGAAAACAAAACCAGUGUGUUGAAUAUUUUUAACAGCCAACAAUUAUCACAAUGGAUAUCAGCCCAUCAUCAAAAAAAGCCAUUUGUUGAUGUUAAGAGCUGAUGUUUAUCGGGGUUGCAUCAAUUAAAUGCUGGCGAGCUAGUACACCUUCGUACUAUGGCAUUCUUUGUGGAAGUAUGCAAUAGUAGAAAAAAACAACAACAUUUUGACGCCAUUGAAUUUUUGUUAAGGGCAGGCUUGUCAUUCUGCACUUCAAUAAAUAAAUUCAGGAUGACAUUUAGGAUCAGGUUAUUAACUGCUGAGAGGAACUUUUUAGUUUGAGCUGACUGUGGCUUCCCCAGUGGACAAAGUGGCUUUACUCAACUUAUCCUGUAUCUGUGAAAACUGUGGGGGGUUUAAAGCAACAAAGCUCAUCCAGCUCCCCUUAAACAGUCAAGCAGAUCAGUCAUUGUAAAAACAUAAUCACUGGCUAUUUCCGCAUUUAUAUACGAUGGUCUACUUUGUUUUUGUCACACAUAUAUAGUAAAGAGUCUAUAUCAGUUUGAGUCUGUUUCAUUAAAACACCGAUAAAAACUCCUCACUGGAGCUUUGCAAAAGCAAAAAUAGGUUGUUGUGGAAAGCAUCUAAAUUUAAUCUAAAUUUAUUGCUAAGGUCUCCAAAUAUACAGAUUUGAUCCAUAGAGUCAAAUAAAUUGAACACACACUACUUCUAAAUUCACUGUUACCAAAAUCGAUUUACAAUGGAAACUCAAUCAGUGUUUUUCACUGAACUUUUUCACUGACACAUUCUCUUCAAGCUCAAACACUGCUGGUGUACUCGACCAAUGAAGGUUGAAAUACAAAAAAACAACACACUGUAAAACCAUGGUGCGUUUCUGAUGUCAAUACACAAAUAACAGACAGCAGCUCAGACAGGGUUUCCACAUCUUUCCAGUGUAGCGCACAUGUAAGCAUUUAAAAAAAACUGCACAGACUGUUGUGUUUUAGCUUUUAAGACGUGGUGUUGAGGAGGAGGCUUAAGAACAAAGAGAGAGUAAAGCUAAACAAAGCGUGUUUGGCCCCAGUGUCUAUGAGAUAUGGAUUUAUCUCUGGCUUGAUUGGGGAUCAUGGGGAUUUUGGCACACAUCAAGAGGAGGGUUUCACAUACUGAAAAAAAAAAUUGUGUUGGAAUUUUCGUGUGGAAAUACAACAUCCUGAUGUAUGUAACCCUGUUAGAAAACAGUGUUUCAUCUCAGUGUGCUCAUUUCCACCACGGUAUCCUCUAUAAUAUACUUGUAAACAUCAAGCUGUGUUUAUGUCUACUUAAACGGAGUGUCUUUUCAUUUUUAAUACCACACUGUAAACAGUGUUAUUCAUUAGGUCUUCUGGCAGAUGCCAUUGGAGGUAUUGAUGAAUAACAUUUUAUUUUAAGUUUCACUGCUUUGUUUUCAUCAGUAGUGCUUGCUCUCCUCAUUUUCUCUGUACAUAACUCGCCUGCUGCUGCUCUCUGUUACUUGCAGCAGCUUUAAGUUAGAAAUGUGUCUGUAGACAGCUUUCUUCAGCUCUGGUACUUCAAAUGUAAAUGCAAUGCAAAAUAUUUUCUUGAUGACAUGUGGUAUCAAGAAAUAUCAAAGUAUCAUUUUUCUAUUUAUGUUCCUUUUACUGCAUUUCUUUCAGAAUUUGGUGUCCCAAGCCUGUUAAGCACAAACUAUCAUUUAAUUUGUCUUUUUUUAAGUCCAAUUAUAAGCCAGUCAGUCUAAAGACGGUAGAGCUCCAAAAACUGUAGUUCAGCUUGUCCUUUUUAAAGAUAUUAGGUAUUUCAUAUUUUUGUUUUUAUUGUUACCUUUAAAUACUGGUCGGAGAAGUAUUCAGCAGUCGCGCUGACUCAUACUCUAAGUGAUAAGCAGUAAAAUGUUCCUAAAGGAAGUAGUCUGUGUCUUAAAAAGUUUACAGUGGAUGUAAAGCUUUAUGUUUCUGAAAAGCCAAAGCAGAUGGAAGUGUUUCAAGAGCCGGUGAGCAGUCCUAUAACAGCUUCUCUCAUCUUUUUCUCAGGAAAUACCUUUGUCUGAUGUUUAGAGGGUUUGCAGAGUGAUUUAGACGUCUUUAGUCGAGUCUUUGUUUGUGUUUUAACCAUAAAUCCACGACAAAUUCUUACAGUAUGUUCAACAUUGACCUGUCUUUUCUAUUUUCCCUUUUUUCACAUGCUCAUGUAAGCCAAAGGUAGUGAAUGUGUUUUUGAACCAUCAUAUAAAUUGUUCCUUACUCAUUUUGACCAUUUGGAAAACUUAAAGUUGCUGUUGACAUGUGAUUUUAUUAAAAAGAAACAGCUAUGAAUUGUUUUGACCACGCGGCAGCAAACAUCUUUGCCCAGAGGGCAGUGACAGAAGAAUUACAUUAUAGUCUUCAGUUCAAAUGACCAGGGUUAUCCAAGCUUAAUAAUUGGUUAAACUUUGUUUUGUUCAGUGUUUUGCUCUGAGAGAAAUCAUAUGAGGCUUGUAACAUUAACUUGAAAAGCUGAGGCUGUGUGUGUUAAGCUUAAAUUUGGGCCCUCUCCAGGUUGUGUAACAGCAGGGUGCAGGGUGGUACAAGGUCCUCUGGGGUGACAGAAUGGCAGCCAUGUUGUUGCUUGUUUAAUCACCUUGUAUUGUUGGGAAGUGUAGUAAGCAGAAGUUACUCUUUGGUUUUUCUAGAGUUUUAUCACAUGAAGCUCCAGUCCAUUAGAGUUUUAAUGUUUCUUAAUGUAAUUUGCACCAUCUGCAACAUAUUCAAAUUGUUUUUGUUUGACAUAUGUAAAUGCAGUUGGAUCAUUUAGUUUUUACUGUAGAACCCCAGGUGCAUUUUUUUUCCCAAUAAGGCACCAUUUACCUCUUUGGGCUAAAUAGUUGAAACCACAGCUUGAACCCAAAGACUGCAUUUGUUGUCUACAUUUUGACUUCUUUUCUGUGAGGGUCGGGCAUCAGCAGCUCUCGGAUUAAGACAAGAUCUUGGUUAAGACUUAUAGGCCAGAGUUGUGCAAUACACCUGCCAUAUAAUGUUGUGUUAGCAUAAGCACUGUGCUGUGUCACGUUUGUACACAUACUUGAUACAAUUUAUUCCUACUGGGAGAUACCUCUAGGGGACAUAACAGAAACCUCAGGACUUAUACAACUACCAGGUGUGAACUUAACACACCUGAGGAGGUUACUGUUAUGUUCAUUCUGAGUCUUGGUUUGAAUGUUAUUAGGUAUAAAACUGGACUUUAAAAAGUACACAAAGCCAUGUUAGACCAACUGAAUUCACACAUAGUCAAAUUCUUUUAAAUUUGACUAAAAUACCCAAAUGAUGCUGUUAGAUGUCAAUUUUUAAGUUGCAUGUUUUGUGGGUUGUUUUGGUGUGUGACAUAAAAAGCCAACCAGGAGAGGGUCCAGUGGUAACUUGCUGAAAAGGGCCAUUUAGCCACCUAGCAUAGCAGACAACAAGGCAGUAGCAGAUUUUCCCAUCAACUUCUAAACCGAGCUACUUUGACAGGCCUCUUUGUUGCUGUGUGGUGGUAAUGACAUUUCGUACAGAUGUGAAUAAUUGGUAAAGGAAGUUUCAAAGACCAGCUGAUAAACCGUCACAUCCCCUCUGCCUUUAAACUGCAGCUACUCUUCAUGUGUAUAAUGCAUCUUGUGUCCGUGUCAUUGCUAAUACUUGAGGUCAUGUUGUGCCAAUCAGACACAGGAUGUUCAUGACAGCCAUUAUGUGUCUAGCCUUUCGUAAGACACAAACUGUGGUCUCAUGUACUUCUGUGAGAAAAAGCUUCCAGGUAGAAAACCUUUAAGGAAAUCUGUAAGUGAACAAGUACCAGAAAACUCCAGUGGAGCAAUACAGGCCAGUCAGAGCAGGUCAGAGUUUAACCUUUAGAGGAAAAAUCUCACAUGUAUGUUCUGUUCUCACCUCAGAGACAAGCUUCAGACAGGUAUAUUAAGGCGCUGUUGUUUAACAACCUCAGCUCUCAUUUAGAUUCUGAGCCUAGCAGGACUAUCUUGGGUAAGACUGUUUUGUUCUACUGCGAGCACUGGGUCGGGGCACCAGGGCCAGGUGUAGGACUAAUCUCAUUGAAGUCUCCUGUUUACUGGCAUGUACUAAGCUCUGUCUUGCCAACUGGAUUUGUGCUGCUUGGGAGAUUUUUCUGGAAAAGGUUACACAUAAUGGUUUUAUGCUUUAUUGGGUUAAAUGUAUGUGAAUUUAUUUAACAUAUACUUGUUAAUUUACUCAAAAAUUAAGGAAUAAAAGCUGUAAUUUUUGUAGAUAUUAAAGGAAUGUCCCUUUACCAGCGUAUCCUGUAAUACUACUCCCCAACCUCACUCAGAGCAUUAGGAUGAUUUAAAAACUGGAAAGUAGGUCAAUGGGAGCAUUACGAAAGGAUGAUAGCAGAGAUAUGUUCUCUCCUUUUCCAACACUUAGACCUCUGUCACACACCAGAUUACUCCAAAACCAUCCCCAAAUUACUGACUGUUAGAAGAAAAACAGCGGUACUUUGUUAACCCAAUAAAGACAGACAUCUUGCUGACUCAUGGCGAUAGCCUUCUCAGGGCUGAUACCAAGGAUAUUAUGGAAAUGAUUCAUUAAAGGAUGAUGUUUUUUAGCUGGUUUUAUCCAGCUCUCAGGGCAGCCUGAUGGUGGGACAUUUGAUCUCAAUUGCAAAGUGGCCCAUUUCCCUCAGACAUCACCGCUGCAGUCUGUUUCAAGAGCCUUGUUGUGCCUGUUGGCGGGCUGGCCAUGGGGCAAUCAGCUGUUCCUAUUUCCAGCUUCAGUGUUUACAAAUGGAAAAUGUGUGUUGUUGCGGGAGGGAAAUGAGCACCAUUUUGGACAGACGAUGUGAGCAGAAGAUUACCUCGGAGCCCCACAGAAAUGAAUCAGGUAUAGAUUGAUGACAGCCACGGCUCAUUAGGAGAGGAAUGUGUGUGUGUGUGUGUUUAAUUGAUGCAGUAAUUUUCAGGCACUCAGGAAAUGGCCUUUGGGUGGGUCUUCCAAAUGGCAUACAAAUAUUUACUGUGGGCACAAACAUUUUGUAAGGAUAUCCUACAGGCCUGGGCACCUAAGGUCUUGGACUGUGAUAUAGUGGUAUCAUCAUUGCACCGGCUAGUUUGGCUGGGUCCUUCACUAGUCAGCUGGGCUCUGAACCGCUUAGAUGACUCAUCAGUGUGCAUGAAUUCCUCUCUGCUCUCUCUCAACCCCGAGAACUCUUUGUACUGAUGAGUGCAGAUGAAGUUAAAAUCCGCCCACACACUCCUCAUCCGAGGCCAGAUGCAGGCCAAGAUCUUUAGCACUCUGCUCCCUUUUUGUCCAAGUCUGAAAUGUUAGCUUUCUGUCAUCACACUCUCUUCCUCACAUAAAGGGGCUGGAGGAUUUUCCCCAACGGAUUCCCUGCGCUACUUAACACAAGAGGUCUGACUUUUUAGCAUCGCGUUUCCUUUAUACAGGGUGCAUCCACAGGUCUCUGUCUGUGUGCACAUGGAGGCAUGUGUGCUAUGCAUGACUUGUUUGGUCAAUGCAUCCUAAGAAGUGGGUCAGAGUGCCCUAGUUCUCAUUGUGUGGGCGUGCAUGUGCCUGUGUAUUGCAUUUCAGUGUUAUUUUGUCCUGAUUGACUUAUCUACAAAAACAUCUUCUUGCUCGAGCUCUCCUGCUGUUCGGUUGCUUGUUCCGCUCUUGUUUACCUCCCUCAAGGUGAACCAGAGCUUUUAAUUCAACUUUGGUGCACUCGUUCACUUGUGGAAGGCUAAGAACAACUGCAUUUGGUCAGGUAGCUUAUGUUUUGUCUUAUUUAAUCAUGUCAGGCCAUAUUGAAUUUACAAAUAGCGGUCACGCCGCAUGUGUAAGUGAGCUACCCUGUUGAGUAUGUGCAGCAGGGCUGGGCUGCAGAUUACAUGAUAUAAUAGUGUUUAGGCAUCGCCUCUCCUUUUAAAUUCCUUUAACCUUGACUCCCCUUAAAUGCAGGGAGAACACAUCUGCCAGGCUGGUGUCAGACAUUAGUAACACACACCGCUCGGGCAGCAUUGUCACUUUUUAUUAACGCCCAGAGCUUUGCAUGGACACCAGCUGUUGCAUCAAGUGGAAAAGCCUUGGCGGCAUGAAUGACCUUGACUUUAACUGCCGCUCCUUUGGCUCCCCCCUUUAAUUCUUUUGUUUGGUCUCAUACAUUUUAAAUGGCUUAAAUGGAUUACCAUUCCUGACAAUGAAGGUCAUUAAAGCACUCCUUUUUUUUUUUUUAUAAAGAUAAAAACAGCCCACGUUACCGACCAGUGUACUUAUAAAGGGUUUUUGCUAUAUAUCAGUAAGAUGUUUAAUCAUAAAAAAAGAAGGUUACAUAUUGAUAUCGUACUCAAAAUAAGAAAUACAGUGGUACCACGGAAGUACUUGGUUCAUAGUAGGAAGUGGUGGUGGUUCUAAGCAGUUGCUAGCUAACAAGGUUUGGUAGCCCUCUGAAAGAUGGUCAGACACUUUUAAACUUAUGUUGUACGAUUUUUCUCGUAAAUAAAAGACUCUUUUUGCUGUUUUCAUCCAGUUUGGUAAUUUACAAUCUACAUUAAGUGGAAUAUGCAUCAUUUCAAAAUAAAAGCAUCAUUUAAGAAUACAGAAAAUCAAGCAGCCUUGAUUCAAGACAGUAAGAUGUCAAAAUAAAAGCAUUAAAAACAAUAGUCCAAAGGGAUAUCUCUUCUCCAGAUAUGAACACAACAAGGUUACUCACAAUAGCUUUUAAUGUAGAGUUUGGUCACUAAUACAGCUCAUUAUCAGAAGAUGUUGUCAUGAGGCAGUUGACCUGGAUAAAACAUUACUGGAUGAUAACGUGUAAAUAAGUCAGUUAUAUCUAGUUAGUUUAUGAAGCUCCACACAGGUCAUGUCUCUCCCUUAUUUUAAUGAUUGUUUAGCUUUUUUUUCUUUCAAAAUUGUUUAGAGAUAUUGUGAUCAUAAUAUUUUUGGAGACUUGUUUUUGGCCACAGUAAUCAUGAGGUAAAAAUGUGAUAUUGUGACUGCCCAGUGCUCAUGCAUUUGUGGCUACGGGCGCUCGGAGAGAGUGAAUGAAGGUCAGUUUUUGAGAUCUAAUCCCUGACUCCGGCAUCGGCACAUUCUGGUAAUUUCACGUAUCUCAGAAAGCUGCUGAGAUUGCAGUGACCUUUAAUGUUCCUGGUGUCUUUUUAAGUACAAGAGAAGUGAAACAAAAAGAGGGAGAGACAGAUAAAGAGCCGACCAGCCAGUUGUUGAUGAAGCUCUCUGCCCUCCCUCUCACAUGUACGUGGCCGACUGUAGGGGUAAAAAUCACUUUAGAACGGUGCUUGCUCUGUCAUUGGCUGACAUUGUCAAGGAUAAUGGAUAAUCACCACAGAAACCGUAGAGCAGCUCAUUGGUGCUGUGGUGUCCCACGGUGGGGGAGGGGGGUGGAGGUCACGCUUUUUGGGUGCCACCACCAAUGAGAUGACAUGUUAACAGAUGUGUAAGGUCAUUUUAUAUGUAUACACCAGGGGAGAUAAUGUAAUAGUAAUGCACACAUCAUGCAUUGAGAGACAGAGAGAAGGAGGAGGGCUGUGUGCUUUAGGGGCUCUGUAUAGAGGACAGCUUUCCCUAUAUUAAGGUCAUUUAUUUAACGGAGCUCUGUCAGAGAGGAAAACAUAUUUUCUCUUGCCCUUGCUGUAGCAGGGCUUUUUGACACCGCCUCUGUCAUUACAUGUCUCUCAAGAGCCUGAAGGUCCUUGCUUUUUUCAAAGGAGUACUUAAUGUGAGAUAGUGAAUGCAGUAUCUCUGUUGUAUAUAAACUAAUAUAGUGCUGUGUCAUCGUGUCCCUGUGCAGCCUUGUCUGCUCUGUAUUGAAGUUUCUGUGGGCAAAAACAGAUACAAGGUCAACUGUAAUUCCAAAGGUUCACUGCCAGCAGCAAAGAGAUUAACAGAAUUUCCCAUGUUGUAUGCGUGUCAGUGUUUCUUUCCAGUUUAUUUUUACUCUCUCACUGACUGAGGUGGGGCCUCUUCAGUUUCAGGACAUGACAUGAACUUUUUCGGCCUGUUUAGAAGGUAAACAUAUGUGUACAUGUUUACCGUGCCGAUCAAACAAGGUGUUACAGGGCAUUCUAUUAUAAUUGCUUUAAGCUCACUGGAGUGGAAAUAGCCUUAAUCCUGAGCAUCUAAGAUUAGCAUGACAGCAGACGUCAGAUGGCCCAGUAUGACCAGGUUGGCUUUUAUUGUUGUCAGAUUUAGGUCACCAUCUUAGAAAUGGCCUUGAAGUGUAAUUGAUGCUGAUUGGCCAAUCUCAAAUAAGCUAUCUUAUUCAACUCAGUGCUGCACAGGCCGAGGUGCAUCAUCAAUCCAUGCACCUCACGUUGUUACAAAGUAUCCAACCUGUUUGUUGUCCUACCAGUACCCAGACUUAAUUAUACACUGAUAUCUUAAUUCCAGCUUUAAUCCCAGCUCAUUGUUAAGGGGGGUUAAAAGUGCCACCUUGUUGCCCUCACUGUCAUGACAACCUGUGGACCUUGGCCGCAGGAAUGGAUUUCUGCCUGAUUAGAGGCCUUCUGCCUUGUUGUUUUUGGCCCUUGCUACUGUUUUCUGUGAAGUAUUUAGACUGGUGGCUGCGUGGGUUGCUGUGGCCUUUCGUCAUAAUCAAGGGCUGCUGUCCUGUUGUGUGACCUACUAUGUCGGUCCACUCAGCGGACACCAAAGGUGAGGGCGGCUUUGGGAAAGGACACGGACAGCAGCUGAGGCGAGGUGGAAACUCUGUAUUAAUUAACCUUUAUGGGAUGCGGCCAGGACUGUCGGAGGUGUCCUGUAUCCACGGAAACCACGCUGACAGGGUUCAGAGCAGAGGUCUACUAGGGCAGAGCUACUCACACUGUCAUAGCAACUGGCACAAUGCUCACCCCGGUGUCACCAGUUCAGCCCUCCUGACAGUGGUGUGCUGUGACAGGUGCACCUGAUCCUUAAACCACCCCCACCUCCUGAUACACGCACACAGAAAAAAAAAAUCCACACACACACACACACACACACACACACUCUUGAAAGUCGAGUACAGCUUGUCCUUAACCAGUAUCCUUCCUGUGAUUCUUUGUUGCCUCUGUACCGUUCUCGUAAACAUGGCUUAUGUCACAUCAAGUCACCUCACAUUUUGAUCUCUACCCUUGAUUUAAAAUAAAUCUGGCACUAAAAAAGCUAAUGUUGGGGAAGGAUUUAUGGCUCAGCAGGUCUUUAUAAACCUACAGGUGCAUUUAUAACUUCUAACUACUCUAAGUGUGAAAUUAUUUAAACAUGUAUGUAUGUCCUGAUGCACAUACCUGUGCUUUAAAUGCUUAAUAUUUAAAUGCUAACUUGUGUGCUUGUGCGUGUGGGUGGCUCCUGCUUCAUGGAGACCGGGGGUUGCAUCGUAUAAGAUGCUGCUCAAGUGCAUAAGGAGCAGGAGUUGGGGGGGUGGGGGGAUAAUCCACUGAAAUGACAAGCUGCAUAAGGAAUUAUUCACAGCUCUCACAAGGCCCUUCACUUUUGAAAGACAUCGCUGUGAGGGGCUUACAGCUCACGACCUGAAUGUUUUCAAGGUAGUGGGCUUGAAUUUUCAAUUUGGAUCCAAUCAGGCCUAAUCUACAUUUGUCGUCUGCUCAGUGGCUGCAAGGGGAGAGUGCAGAGAGGAGAAGGAGCCGUGUGCAGUCAAUCUGAAAUGUUGCUAAGUAACAGAGAUGGCAGACGAGGUGGAGAAAUGAAUGUGAUAUAGUGCUCUGCAAAUUCCUGCUUCUCACAGUUUCUCCUUUUUUUCCCUCUUUCUCCCCACCUUACCCCGACUCUCCCUCCCUCCUCUAUCCCCCUCACUUCCAUAGGUCCCCCAUGUGAGAUCUGGAAAGCUGAAGGGCGCCCCUGACAGAACCACAGCCAGGCCUCAGAACGAACUUCCCAAACAUCCACAGCUUCGGAAUGUGUCAACAUCUUCGUGGUGGAAUCCUGCUGACUCCUCGCUUGCUACUCACAUAAGCCUGGAUUUGGGCCUUCUGGGAUCCUACGGUGUUUAAAGGCACACAACAAUGCCUGGGAGGCCCACCUGCCCCAGUUUGCCUCCAACCAUGCUUGCUGUUUCACCACAGCGCUGACUGUGCCCACUGCAUAGAAGCAUCACAUCCGGCCAGUGCAUCCGUGAUUCCCCCCGCAGGCUAAAUCUGUGGAAUUGCCUGCCCUCUUUUUGGUAUUUAGGAAGUACAUGCCACUGUCAAACAGAUGACCUAGUGGACAUUUGUUUCCCAGUACCAGUGCUGAACCAUACGAGGGGAUACUAGUAUUGAACAUGACUCAUGGGGAGGAGCCUGGCCCUGAGACACACAAGGAUUCAGCUGUUCUAACUUAUCUGGAAGGUUUACUGAUGCAUCCAGUGGUAGCCGGGCCUGGGGCCACGGCAAGCGGGAGGUCUGAGGCUGCCCACAGCAACCAGGAGCAGAGUGACAAAGUAGGUGGGCCCUUCCAACUACCCAGCCAUGGCCCCACAGCUCCCAAAGCUGGAACCAACGGGCCUACUCUUGGCUCUUCACAGCACCUGAAGAAGGCCCGCCUGCUGCGCUCUGGAGCCUGGAAUGAUCCAGGGAACCAGCAGAAGAGUUCCCCUUCAAUGGAGCUGAAUGGCCAAGCGGGUGGCCUGCAAAAUGGAGCACUGGAGGGAUCUCCUCAUGCUGGAGAGAGCACCCUGUUGGCUUCCCUGCUACAGUCAUUCAGCUCAAGGCUUCAGAGUGUGGCAAUGUCUCAACACUCCAAUAAACCCCCAAGUGAGUGUUCAUCUCCCCCCAAGGCACCGCCUGCAGACAAAGAGCCACUUCCUGUGUAUGAGACAGCCUCAAGCCGCCUAAAGGGCCUAAUGAGGAAGAAUAAACUUCAGAAUCACAGCAGCACACCUUACAGUCGCAGGGGACACAGUCAGGACAGACCCCCAGAAUCACCUCGGUCAGCACACAGUGCCACCCCUCCCUCUGCUCCUUUAGCUGCUGAAUCAGUGUCCUGUGCGGAGCGGCUAAAGGCAGUGGCCAACAUGGUGAAAAUUCGUUCUAGCCCAGCACCUUCACCCAAGCCUAGUGUGGCUUGCAGUCAACUGGCUCUGCUGCUGUCCAGUGAAGCCCAUCUCCAACAGUACUCCCGAGAGCAUGCACUCAAAGCCCAGCUCUCUGGAAGAUCUGCCAGUGAAAGACUAGCUGCUAUGGCAAACCAGCAAUUCGGGCCAGACACGAGGCCACCAAGUGUGGGAGCAACUCCACCUAGAACCUCAGACACACUGAGCUCCCUAUCAACCCAAAAUGGAAUGACAACAACUUCUACGACAGCAACAACACUCCCUCGAGCAACACUUUCCAGUCCACAGAGCCCCUCUCUGCUGCGUGGCCACAGCCAAAGCUCCCCGCCUACACCCCCGCAUGCCCCAAACCACACUCACAGCCAACCGCUUCGGGAGAAAAGGGGUUUUGACUCACGUCCGACUCGUCCCCCCCAGACUUGCAGCAGCUUGUUACUGCUGCUACUUAAUAACCACAACAACCAAAAGCAGCUGACUAAGAAUGGGCAUCUGGAAGACAGCUGUGGGAUUCUGCCACCAAGCGGCUCCUCUUCUGUCACAUCAGACAGUGAAUGCUCCACCCAGGAGAGGAGCCUGACAAAAGACAGCAGUGACGCAGAGAGUUCCUACUCAAGUUGCUCUCCCAUUGACCUCUCUAUUCGGAGCCGAGCAAAUACACAAGAGACAGGGCCCAAAACUUCCUCCUCUUCCUUCUCCUCAUUCUCCUCUUCCACCCCCACCCCCUCCUCUUCAACUACAGUGUAUUCCUCCACCCCAGUUGCAUUCUCUCCGCAAGCUUCUGCUCAACCUACUACCACAAUCUUUUCACCGUCCUCUACCGCUGUCUCUUCUGUUUCAACUGCCAUCCCUUCAUCCUCCUCCUCCUCCUCUAUCUCUACAUCCUCCUUGGAUAAACUAACAGAAACUUUGCUAAACAAGUGGAAGCCAGAGCCAUCAGCACCAAAGGUGUCCAUGAACAAGGAGCCUGAUAUGAGCCCUGAUGCUAAAUCCCACCCAAAACUCACACUCAUGCAGCUGCUUCUUGAGCGCAGAAAUAAUGAGAUGGUUAAUAAAAAUGCAGCCAACCAGGAUUUGCCUCUUGACAUCAGUAUGGCCGCCAUGUCUCGAGGUCAACCAAAAGGACUGGUGCACUGGGAGGAGGCCAGGACAAAAAGCCCCAUUGACAGACCUGUAGCCCCAGCCCAGUCUCCUUAUCCACUUAGUCGGGACCCAAGCGGCACAUUGUCCCCAUACUCAUACCCAUCCCCACAUGUCCAAUCCAGUCCUUUGGACUUAUGUAAGUCUAAGACCUUUCCUGCUGAGAAGUCUUCAGAGCCUGCCUUCAGUGCCAGUAAAUUGUUACAGAAUCUGGCUCAGUGUGGUACUGCCUCUUCCCCACCCAUCCCCUCCAGUGGGGUAGGUCAGGAGCAUGAUGCCAGUAGGCCCAUCGCCCUGUUGGAAAGACUCAAUGCCCCAAUCCACAGGACCACCACUCCACUCUCAGAUGGACCGUCGGGUAGUGGCACACCUUUCAGUCAGAAGGAAGCCUCUCCUCCUUCGUCGCAGAUUGAGAACCUUCUCGAGAGGCGCACUGUGUUGCAACUCCUGCUAGGAACAGGCUCAGCAUCUACCACAGUCAGCCGCAAAGAAAAGCCCAGUGGUUGUGGUAGAAGGAGUGUGGAGAUGGCAGGAGGAAGUUAUGAAAAGAUCCCCGGUGCAUCCAUUGUCUGUGACAGUUCCAAUGGGCCUCCUUUAGAUGUUAAGGUCAAAACAGAGGACAUGGAUGAGGUGGGGCCGUCUUCAGCUAUAUCUGAGGAAUCUAAUGGCCGAAAGAGACCCAGCAGUUAUGAGAAGAGCAGCCCCCUGUCUGAUUCUCUGCAGGACUCUAAAACAGAACCACAGCCUACAGAGGUCAUAGCAAAAUAUGGCCUUCUCAGCCAGUUGCUUAAACAACAGACUGCUACCUACUAUACCAGUGCUGCUAUGAAGGCUGAGUCACAGCCCAGGCCAGUGAAAGAGGAACAGAGGGAGUAUCCAAGCCCAAGUCCUAAGAAGAGACGCCUCUGCACUGAUCGGACUGAUUGUUUGAAUAAUACUAGCUCGACAAGAGCAAAAGACAAUGGUGAUACAAACAUGUUUGCCUCUCCACCUGCUCAGGAAGAGCCUGAGCUUCAGAGGAGUCCAAAGGAAGAAGUGGCUCCACCCAGGAGCCCACCUAGUGAAGCCCUAACCAGAGAGAGCCGGGGUUUCAAUGUGCUUAAACAGCUGCUGCUCUCGGAUAACUGCCUGAAGGAACUGUCUCAGCAGCCUCGAGGGACACCCAGUCCUUCUGUCCUGCAGGCUAAUGGUAAGGCCAAUGGCAGCAUUCUCGGUCAGCCUUCACAUAAUCACAGCUUCCUCCACCUUCCCAGCUGGCACCCCCAUGGCUCCCUCAACUCAGGGCUUCCGAGUAAUCUCAGACCACUGCCCACCCCCCCUCAAGUUGAAAGCCCUGUACGAACCCCCUGGAACCGCCACUCUGCUCCGUGGCCAGUGACUCAAAAGCGAGACCCCCCUACUCUAGUCAAACAGGAGCCUGAGAGCCCUGUGCGAUGGAGUAGUCAGGAGAAUGAGGAGGAGGAGGGUUGUGACUCAAACCUGGACUCUCCACGGCUCUCGCGCUCCAACCCCAUCUUGUAUUACAUGUUGCAGAAGGGCAGCAUUCAGCUGAGGAGGGAGGUGAGAGAUCAGGCGGAAGGGACCCAGUCUGUGAUCAGAGUAAAAGAAGAGCCAAUCAGUGACAUGCAUGCUUAUGAACACAGUCUGAGCUCCACCUUACAAUCACCAACCCAUAAUGACAAGCACAGCCAAGAGAGCCAGGGGCUGAGCCAAUCAUCUGAAUAGAAGUUGUAUCAACUAAAGAAAAAAUCAUUGACUCUUUUAUUCCUUUUUUAAUGACUUGCCAAAUUGGUUUGAUGAUACAGAAAAAUAAAGUUCAGAACAAUGUUUUUUUAAAUGGAGUAAAGCAAGUUGAAAUUCAAAUGCAUACUUCAGAUGCAUAUGUGCAUUGGUUUAUCAGUUUUUAAUAGUGAAGUCAUGGAAUGGUUCAAAAUAGGUCUAAUUGACUCAACAAAAACUACACAUUGAUACAAAUCUGACCUUGCCCGUCAUCUUGCAUAAUAUAUUUCAUUUAGCCACUGAUGGAGUCCUCCUUUACAAUCUGAUCUUGUUUUACACUUAUUAUUUUUAUCUGAAUUGUACACAUAUCACUAUUCCAUGUCCUCUUUGUUGCUCAGCAUAAAACAUUUAAAACAAACAUUUCCGGCAAGAUUUAUUAUUUAUGGCUCCGAAAAUGUUAGUGCUCAGUUCUGUGGACAUGUUAUUUAUUUUCUCCAUCAGAACAUUUGCAGAUAGACAACUUCCCAUCAAUUUUAAAUAAGAUUCCAAAUAAAGUCAUUUUAGGGCAGACACAGCAGUCUAUUACAACAACGUACAUGAUAAAUUUAUUCAAAGGAGGACCUUGAAAAUAAUGUUCACACUGCAAUAGCUUCAGUGAGGAUCCAACAUGAUGAAUGCUUUGUCUCACUAUUCCUCAAGAUACAUGUUGUGGUAUAAGAAAAAAAAAACUACAGAGUGAGAAUAUAUCAAUGAAGAUAUGGUCACACCUCAUUGGGUUAUGCUUUUUGUUUAAAUUGAACUUUUUGGGGCAAUAUUCGACAGUGCAAACUCUGGGCAAAGUGUCUGCAAACUGCAGUUUUGAGCAGAUGGGUCAACACAGCAUGUGCGGUCCUUAAGGUUGAGCAACUGUAUGCAAACAGGUUUCUGGAGCAACAGUUAGAAGGCCGCAGUGUCUGAGUAACUUAUCUCAUCCUCCCGGGUAAACUGACACUUUGCUUCUCAUACACACAAAAAUGAGUUUAAAAGCACAUGGCUUUUUCUUCAAGUUUCAUUUAUUGAGCACCCAGAGUUUGCACUUUUGAAGCUGAGUCCUACCUGUCCUUUACAGAAUAAUUUAAUGGCAUGUUUUUUUAAAAAAUGUCAGUAUUGUUAUUUGUUGAGAAUUUGACGGUUUGUGAUUAUUUUUUCAUAAUUUCUUAACUGUUGUGGUUUUUCAGACAUCUUUUAUUUUUGUGGCAGACUCUAAACCCAUAAAAAGUCAAAAGAAUUGCAUGAUAACUAAGAGAAGACCACAGGUACAUCUUUUUUUUUUUUUUCAAAGCAGCUGGAUAUGUGUACCUGACCCCCAAUAAUCACCAGGACAUGUUGGUGUCUUCGGGGAUAUCUGCUAUCUAGCUCAUUGUUUUGAUUGUACUGUAUUCUUUCAGUUAAUUUCACACAUUGCUUUAUCCAUUUAGUCUUGUGAUCUUUUUAAUACAUAUACCCAUGGAGUACAUCUCUGCAAUUAUUAAUACAUUUUCACAAUGGUUAAAUAUAUUUGUGUAAAUAGUACUUUCAGUAUGAAAGAUGACUAUUUUGUAAUGUUUAAGAAAAGAUAUUACCCUAGUUUUUAAUGCCCUGAUAUGUAAAUAUGAAUUAUAUGCGUACAAGUGUACAUACAAAGGCAGAGGAUGCUAUGCCCAUCUUUUUUUGGUUGGUUUGUUCUUUGCAUGUGUCUCUAUGUGGUAAAUGAUAAUCUAUCCUGCGCUGUGUUGUGUAAUAAUGUCUGACUCUCCUCACUGCUGCCUGUUGCAUGCAGACGCAUGGGAACUACCUGUGUAUCCCUACUGGUGAUGGGGGAAAAUGUCAAGUCUUAAAAUAGGUCUUUUUUUUAUCACAGAGAGAGGUUCGUUUAGAAUAUGAACAGUCCCUAAAUAACCACAGACUGUCGAGCGAGUUGAUUAAAAUGUGUGGAAAAUAAACGUGCAUUGAAUAUUUUUUGUGAUUUUCUUUUCUGUUACUGGUUAACAAAGCUCUGUGGAAGAGUUCGGGGCUAUAGUGGGGGAUUGACGUACAAUCAUAGAUCUGCAUUGUGCAUCUAAGAAAAACAUUUGUAGCAGCAAAUAUAAAAAAAGGUGUUUCAUUUUUUUCAUGUGAAGACCUGAAACAUUAUUUCAUUUUUUAUGUUUUCAUUUUUGGUGUUCAUUUGCACUGAUAUCUCAGAAAUAAAGUACUAAAAUGCAUGACCUAGUAUGAAUGUGUUCCUCUCUUUCUAGUUCACUGUAAUGAAGUCUGUUUUUUAUAUGCCAAAAAUGAGGAUGUGUGCAAGUUUAUUAAAAAAUAUAAGAGGUUAUCUGAGGGAAGUGCUAAGCAAGCAGUCCAGAAUUGCAGGUAUGAAGCAACAACAUUUUCUGGUGUCGAAACUAUUUUAAAAAUUCAAGUUUAGCAUUUUCUCAAAACUAGUAAAUCAAUAACAUUUGGGCCUAUCAAUACAUUUCAAAAAACUAAAAUUGAUGAUUUGUUGUACUUAUAGUACAGACAUAUCUUAUUAGACCUCAUAUUUGCCACAUUUACAUGACAGGUUAUGAUACAAGUAAUAAGACCUGAGUUACUCCACUGUGGCACAUAAUCUGUAACAUAAACAAAAUGAUCUUAUCUUAAAAUAAGUUCUUUGUCUUAUCUUGGCAGGUUAAGGUGGCCAAUUUUAAAGGUAACGUGUAAGAAAAGGUAUUUUUUAGUGAUAUCUAACUAUCAAAUUCUACAUUGAAAUUCCCUUGCUCAGCCUUGAUUUGAUGAGGUGAUGGUGGCGUUCAAGGACAAAAAGCUCCUGUAAUGGAUGAUAAGUAAUAUUCUCCUUUUUUGCUUUUGUUCUUUUUUCAACCAGGAAACAUUGGAAGAAAGAUGGCGGCCUCUAAGAAAAACAACCUAAUAUGCAAAAAUGUCCUUUUAUAUACACAUCCUUAUACACUAAACUAAUAUUAACAUUGAAGUACUUGAAAGUCUAUGCUGCUGAAUGCUGCUUGUCUUUACCCACUAUAUCUUAAAAUUAAAUUGGUAUUUUUUAAUUAGAAAAAAAAAAAAAAACUUGCUAGUACCAACAUUGAUUGUCUUGUAAAGGUUUUCAGCCUCCAUCUUUGAGCCUGUGAUCAGCAUUGUGCAGGUAGGCCACUUCAAGUGAAAUGCAGUACCUUUGACAGUCUUCAGGGUGAAAAACUCUGUCAACACCAGCUGCUGCUGUAGGUUAUUUGAGAGACACUUAUCCUCUUCCUCAAAACAGCCGUGGUGAUCACACCCAUACUUAGUAGCUCUGCCAGAAUACAAGUGUAGAAAUCUGUGUUGAGAGCAACAGGAUUGAUGCUAAUGUUGCAUAAUGUUUGGAUCCUGAUGUGCUUAAAGUUGGGUUAGAAAAAUGAAAAACUGGGCGAUGGCUAACAAAACGUUUUACUACUCUGAGUGGUAUUUAAUGCUGAAGGGGUUCCUGUAACAUGUCAUUGGAGGAUACAGACUCUUGUCAAGUAAAAUCAGGUAUGCUAAAAAUGCAUUAGCCUAUUGUUUAGACCUUCCACCAAAGGUAGAAAAGUGUUGGUGUCCAAACACAUAGUCUAGAAAAAAAAAUCCAUUAUUUUUGGUGAUGUAUAUUAGUUUAAAAUAUGAUCUAAACCAGACAAACACAAAUGAAGGAUUUUUUAUAUGAUGAAAUUUUUAAUGUGUGAUUGCAUUGUUCUGUAUUGCAGAAGUGCUACAUGUAAGAAGAAGUUGGCUACAUAACAGUAUUGACUAUAACUCACAUUGUCUCUAUCUCUUUGAUUCAUAUUUCUGCCCAGAACUUGAAUUUUCAAAGAGACAUGAUUAUGGUAUCAAAAUAAAAAUAAAAAAAUGAAGGAGCCCCGUCUCUUGUAUUAGGUCAUAUGAGGAACCUUUUUUGUGUCUUUCAAUUAUUUUUGAAAGGUAAAAAUGACAGUACUCAAAACAAGUAAAGGACUUUAUAUAUCAAAAGACAAAUAAGUAAAAUGGCAUGGCGAAAAUAACAGUGCAUGAUUUUAUUUCUGUAUAAACAAAAGAAAAACUUUAUUUGGCUCUUAAAAAUCUAACUUUUCAUCAUGUAUGCCCUUGUAAAAAAUAGCAUUUUUUUCUGUGGUUAAAUUUUCCAUAUGCAUUUUGGUUUAAUUCUUGUAAGCGGUUAUUUUCACAGUCCAUAUCAGCUUCAGCCAGAGCAACUUAGAGGAAAAUGUGGCACCAAACCCUCCAGUAUCUCCCCAAACAGAGUAUGACUAUUUUUAAAGACAGAGAGUAUCAUAGCCGACCUGCACUUGUGUAAUCAAAGUCUGUUUUAUUAAAGUAGAGCAGGAGGAUGUCCUGUAUUUGCCCUAAAACUUCUGCUUCUGAGCUGGCUGCUGUUUUCUGCAGUGCUGAGUCGUAACAAAGGCAGGAAAGACACAGAAAGGAGGGAGGACACGUGGAGGUCACCAGAUGUACACUGAAUGCCCAAGGAUGUGCCUUACUGAGCCGAGCAUAUAUCUUUUAUUUAGAGCCCAAAAUAGACCUCAUUGUACAAUCAACACAAACCCUGAAUUCAAGCAUUCAGUCUGGAAAGUUGUCCGUUUUGUGAUAAUUCUCCUGACUUGAGAAAAACAGCCUGUAGCGUGAGACUUCCAAAGGUGAAGAUGAGUUCAAGCUAAACUUCCCUCGCUCUGGGUUUGAAUAUGAAGUCCAGCAACGAACAGACGGCUUUUUGUCUGCAGUGCACUUUUGAAAUCGCAGUGCAGUUCCUCAGCCUUGACUUCCCUUUUAUUUAAUACUCCC